CGCUUUGUCCUUGAGGUCCAGCAUCCCGUUUAGAAGCCCAGAAGCAGCAUCGCUCCAUUGUGUGUGGCAGAGAGUUCCAAAGGACCGCGGAGACCUGUUGCAGGAGGAGCUGCUCUCUGGGAAAAGGCAAGGCAGACCCAUUUCAAUCAUGUUACUGGUUGUUGUUGUUGUUGUUGUUGUUGUUGUUGUGUUUAUUUUGCAGUUGGUAGCCGCCUUGAGCAUUACUGAUUAUUUGAGAGUAUGCAGAGUUGGAAAAGGUUUGGAAAAGGGGAUGAAGCAUCUCCGCUACGAAGGAAGAUUGCAGCGUUUGGGACAUAUUAGUUUAGAGGGAAACAGAGUAAGAGGUUACACAAUGGAAAUUUAUAGAAUUAUGCAUGGCGUAGAGAAAGUGGAUUGGGAAAAGCUUUUCUCCGUCUCAUAACACUUGCAGACAUCCAGUGAAACUUAGGAGUGGAAGAUUUGGGACAGAUAACACAAGAACAGGGCCUUUUCUGCAGUGGCUCCCUGUUUGUGGAAUGCUCUCCCCAGGGAAGUUUGCCUGGCACCUUCAUUAUACACCUUUAGGUGCCAGGCAAAAGCGUUCUUCAGGAACCAGGCCUUGGGCUGAUUGACAUCCAAUGCCCUUUUAAAAUGUGUUGGGGAAAAGGGAAUUAUUGGGUUAUCUUUGUUUUUAUUAUCUUUUUUGUGUUUCUGCAUUGUGAUUUUGUGUUGUAAGCACCUUCUCUGAGAGCUGGGGGUAUAGGGCAGUAUACAAAUCAUCAUCACCAUCAUCACAACAACUUAUUCAUGCAGCAGAGAGUUGAAUUAUGGCACUUGCUCCCAUAAAGGCACUCCAACCCCAUGGGGCUGAGGCCUCUACAACCCACCCCCAAUAUCUGCUGGGACAGGGCUCAGCCCCCCCACCAAACUUUUUUCAAUAGAAAAUUUUUAUUAAUUUUCACAUGGACAAAUAUACAUAAUAUAUAAUACAAAAGAUGAUACAAAUGGAAAAAGAGUAGGAAAAGAUAGAAAAACAAGCAUAAACAAAUACAAUAUAUUACACUUACAUAACAAAUUAAAAUAGUAACUUCCAAUAAUUCUCAUUAUACUACUUAUAUUAUCUGUAUUCCUUGCACAGAUUCAUAUUAUUUUAUUUUGUAUAUAGAUAUAUAAAAUCCACUAUUAUAUUUUAGAUAAUUCUUGGUUAUCAGUAUCACUCUAUUUCUGCAAGCAUCUUAUUGUUCGCACUGUACAUUUUCAUGUAUUCUUUCAAUAUUUCCCAUUCCUUAAAUACCUUUUGGUUUGACAUUCCUCUAAUUUUUCCAGUCGAUUUUGCUAGUUGCAGGUAUUCUAUCAUACGAAUUUGCCACUCUGUGAUCAUUGGUAAGAUUUUAUUUUUUCCAAUUUCCAAUUAUUCUGGCAUCGAUCUUGGACAGGCCUGGCGCAAUGUCGCCCCGGGCUGCACUACAUUGGGAGACGUAACCUCACCCCCCUGCGCCAUGUUGGGCUCAACUCAGCGCUUGUGCUCCCAUAGGAGGCAGGGGCGGCCCCCAACUUGGAUGGCUUUAAAAGAGGAUUAGACAAUUUAAUGAGGAGAGGGCUAUCAGUGGCUACUAGCCAGGAUGCCUAUGCACUGCCUCCAUGGCUGGUGGUAGUGAAUGCCAGUGGCUGGAAACACCAGGAUGAGAGAGUUUCUCUUGUGUUCGAAUCCUGCUUGCAGGCUUCCCCCAGAAUAGAAUAGAAUUUAUUAUUUAUACCCCGCCCAUCUGGCUGGGUUUCCCCAGCCACUCUGGCCGGCUUCCAACAGAGUAUUAAAAUACAGUAGUCUGUUAAAUAUUAAAAGCUUCCCUAAACAGGGCUGCCUUCAGAUGUCUUCUAAAAGUCUGGUAGUUGUUGUUCUCUUUGACAUCUGGUGGGAGGGCAUUCCACAGGGCGGGUGCCACCACCGAGAAGGCCCUCUGUCUGGUUCCCUGUAACUUGGCUUCUCGCAGGGAGGGAACCGCCAGAAGGCCCUCGGAGCUGGACCUCGGUGUCCGGGCAGAACGAUGGGGGUGGAGACACUCCUUCAGGUAUACUGGGCUGAGGCUGUUCAGGGUUUUCAAGGUCAGCACCAACACUUUGAAUUGUGCUUGGAAACAUACUGAGAGCCAAUGUAGGUAUUUCAGGACCGGUGUUAUGUGGGCUCAGCGGCCGCUCCCAGUCACCAGUCUGGCUGCCACUUCUGGAUUAGUUGCAGUUUCCGGGUCACCUUCAAAGGUAGCCCCACGUAGAGCGCAUGGCAGUAGUCCAAGCAGGAGAUAACCAGAGCAUGCACCACUCUGGAGAGAAAGUCUGUGGGCAGGGAGGGUCUCAUCCUGCGUACCAGAUGGAGCUGGUAAACAGAAUUGACCUGCGCCUCCAUGGACAGCUGUGACUCCAAAAUGACUCCCAGGCUGCACACCUCUCUCUCCCUCCCUCCCUCUCUGAGAGAGAGAGAGAGAGAGAGAGAGAGAGAGAGAGAGAGAGAGAGACAUGUCAAUCUAUUCCGCUCAAUCAAAGCUUGGUAUGUUCCAUCAGACGCUAUAAAAUUCCCAAGUGGAAAUGGAAAAACAUUUUAAAGCUUGAAUGAUGGAUAGGCAAGGAGGACUUGAUCCCAUAUCACCCACAUCCCAUUUUCCUCCCACGAGAUCACAAAGCAGCCUUUUGGACUCACUGAAGUAGGUUGGGCUGAGAGAGAGUGCAACAAGGCCACUUGGUGCUUCAAAACAAAGCAGGGAGACUCAUGAAGGUCUCUCUCUGGUCCACGUCCAACACUUUCCACUUCUAUCCUUCUGAAGCGGGGAGGAAAUCCAGACACACAGAGAGAAACCAAUUUUCAGUGUUCUGGAUUAGGGUACCUGGGGGAGAAGUUAUUGUUACACACCGCCCCUGGCAGCAAGCACUAUUUUUCAUUUUAAAAUACAGUAUUAAAGGUAAAGGGGCCCCUGACCAUUAGGUCCAGUCGUGGCCAACUCUGGGGUUGCGGCGCUCAUCUCGCUUUAUUGGCCGAGGGAGCCGGUGUACAGCUUCCGGGUCAUGUGGCCAGCAUGACUAAGCCGCUUCUGGCGAACCAGAGCAGCACACGGAAACACCGUUUACCUUCCCGCCGGAGCGGUACCUAUUUAUCUACUUGAACUUUUGGCAUGCUUUUGAACUGCUAGGUUGGCAGGAGCAGGGACUGAGCAAUGGGAGCUCACCCCGUUGCAGGGAUUUGAGCUGCCGACCUUCUGAUCGGCAAGUCCUAGGCUCUGUGGUUUAACCCACAGUGCCACCCGCAUCCCUAAAAUACAGUAUUAGAGCACUUGUAUUCUUUAGUGGUUAGUGGGUCAGGCUAGGACCUGGGAGAUCAGGGUUCAAAUCUCCACUCAACCACAAAGCUCACUGAGUGGCCAAGGAUCAGACAGAGUUUCUUGGCCUAACUCACCUCACAGGCUUGUUGUGAUGAUAAAAUGGGAUGGGAGAGGGAGAGAACCAUGAAUGUGACCUUGAACUCCUUGUAGGAAAAGUGUGAUAUAUUCUGCCAACAGAGAUUUAGCAGGCACCUUCUGUUUUAAAACUGAAAUGCCUACUGAUUUUUUUUUCUAUUCCGACAGCCAAUUAAGAAUACAUAUUUCCAUAAUGGUUAACUGAGGUGCAUUUUUAACUUCAUAUAUAUAUAUAUAUAUAUAUAUAUAUAUAUAUAUAUAUAGAAUGGUUUUAUGCAUUUCUGUUGUAAGUCACCUUGAUUUUUAAAAAUGAAAUAACUACUUUUAAAUAAAUAAGUAAUAAACACAUGUCAGAAUAAAUAAAUCCAUUUGAACAACAUCAAAAACUCUCCUGAAAUGUGAACCCUGAUUUCCCAGUGUAGGGCUUCAGCAAUAAAGAUUAUCGUAUCGUAUCAUAUCUAGGCAGUGGUUUCAACUAGAUGACUCUAGUCCAACACUACACUUCUAGGAUUCCAACUGUUGCCACAUAGCUCUGUUGGCUCCCACAGUGGCAUAUUAAAAAAUAAUGAAUAACUGUUGACCUGGGCCUGACUAGCAGAAGUGCAAAACUAUUCCUCCUCCUGUUACGGUUUCAGUGACGCACUAUGGGCUGGGAAAGUCUACCAAAACCCAGUGACAUCUGGGCAUUUGCCUGAGCAUCCCACUCAGACCUCCAAAUAGCAAGUGGGCCAGGGCGUUUUUUCAGCCAGAACUUGCUGGACCUCUCAGGUGGGUGCCAUUGCAAUUAUAAGAGAACAAGGGAGGCGUUCGUGGUGAGUUCCAGCACUUCUUUUUCUAGAAAAAUAGCACUGGGGACAUCUAUCAGGGAGAAGAGGAAGGGGAGCGUUGCUCUCCAUCUCCCUUUUGAAACGUCCCGUCUGUUUCCUGAACUCAGCCCUUGGCAGCAGCUUCCAAAUGAGUUUCGUUUCUUCCGAUCAGCCUCACCCAUCUGACCCCAGAGCCCAAGUUCCUCUGCUCGCAGCAACAGGCCCUGACCAAGGCAUGCAGAGUGGGGCUGUCUCUGAUGGGCUCUAAAAUCCAAAAUCUGGAUUAAUGUUUUCAGUUUCCUUUGAGCAACCAACAGCCAAUGGCCAUUAACAUCUGCGCGCACACACACACACAUGUGCGCGCGCGCACACGCACACACACACACACACACACACACGUGCCUUUUCCUUGCAGAAGUCUAUCUCUGGUCCUAAAAGGAUUGACGCUGGAAGGCAAUUGUCAUUGUCCCAUACAGAACAACGAAAUUGAGAAAUCUGCAUAAGACAUUCAAAAACCAACAAGCCUGCUAUCCCAGCCACCCCAACCUGGUUAGCCCCCUAAAAACUCUGAUACCCCAUAAUUAAAUACAAUAUACUCCCAUAGAGGCUCCUUACACUGCAUUUAAAACCAAAAUCACAUUUGGAUAGAAACUGUUUCUCAGGCGGCUAGUCCUAGUCUUUAUAACCCUGGACCUUCUUCCAGAAGGCAGAAGCUGAAAGAGAUCAUUUCCGGGGUGCACACUGUUGUUGUUGUUGUUUAGUCAUUUAGUCGUGUCCGACUCUUCGUGACCCCCUGGACCAGAGCACGCCAGGCACUCCUGUCUUCCACUGCCUCCUGCAGUUAGCUGCUAGGUAGGUGGGUGAGCUGAGCUGGAAGAAGGCAGGAAGCUAUAGACCCAGAGACCUGCUUGCUCCGUGCAGGAUCCAAAGCUGUGACUAAUGAAGAGGCAAGAUAUUUUAAGGUGUUGUUGUUGCAAGCCCCUCUGUCCUAUGCUCAGGUUGCAUAUGUAGAAAGCCUCCAAGUGUCUCCAUUUUCCAGGGACAGUUCCGGAUUCACAUAAGCCAUCCUCAUUUCUGAUUUGAUCCUGGAAUGACCUGCUUAGGACAAUCCUGUUUUCAUUGGAGAAAUGUUGGAGGGUAUGUAAGACCGGAUAUCCUAAAGACAGCCUCCACUAGGCAAGUGCCUGGAACCCCUGGUGUCUCUAACCGCUCAGAGACUGGGGUGGCAUGUGACGUUAUUAUUGCUGCUGCUGUCGUUGUUGUUGACAGAUUUUACAAACAAGGCAGUCCCUGCCUGCAGGCUUGCAGUCUCCUGGGCACGACUCAAAAGGGCAGCGCUGACAUCGCCUUCAUCAUUGCAACAAAAACAACAAUUCAGCUCCAUUUGGUACGCAGGAUGAGACCCUACCUGCCCGUGGACUGUCUCGCCAGAGUGGUGCAUGCUCUGGUUAUCUCCCGCUUGGACUACUUCAAUGCACUCUAUGUGGGGCUACCUUUGAAGGUGACCCGGAAACUGCAACUAAUCCAGAAUGCGACAGCUAGACUGGUGACUGGGAACGGCCACCGAGACCACAUGACACCGGUCUUGAAAGACCUACACUGGCUCCCAGUACGUUUCCAAGCCCAAUUCAAAGUGUUGGUGCUGACCUUGAAAGCCCUAAACGGCCUCGGUCCAGUAUACCUGAAGGAGCGUCUCCAACCCCCAUCGUUCUGCCCAAACACUGAGGUCCAGUGCUGAGGUCCUUCUGGCGGUUCCCUCGCUGCGAGAAGCCAAGUUACAGGGAACCAGGCAGAGGGCCUUCUUGGUAGUGGCACCCACCCUGUGGAAUGCCCUCCCACCAGAUGUCAAAGAGAAAAACAACUACCAGACUUUUAGAAGACAUCUGAAGGCAGCCCUGUUUAGGGAAGCUUUUAAUGUUUAAUAGACUAAUGUAUUUUAAUAUUUUGUUGGAAGCCACCCAGAGUGGCCAGGAAAACCCAGACAGAUGGGUGGGGUAUAAAUAAUAAAUAAUAAAUUAUUAUUAUUAUUAUUAUUCAGCACAUUGAGAGAGCGCAUAGCUCAGAGACUGAGCACAGGUCCCAGGUUCAGCAUUUGGCGUCUCCCCCUGAAACAGGGACAGGGAACCUGAAGACUUCGAGAUGCUCAUAGACCCCAGCUCCCACCAGCCCCAAUUGCAGGGAAUGAUGGGAGUUGUAGUCCAACAGGAUCUGGUGGGCCACAGGCAUUCCACAUUCCGUGGCCCAUUUGGUCAAAGGUGUGCUCAUCUUUUGGGGAGGUCUUGAAUCUAACUGUGAACUUUGCUUUGCUUUCCCCUCCAGGAAUUUGCCCUUGAAUCAGCCGCUCCCACCGGCUAUGCCUUUGCUCUUCUUCCUUUUUGCAUUCUCCAGUUAUGUCGCCCAAGGUAUGUUUGCUAAAUACUAAACCUGAUUGCUGAAAUGUAGCCUUAUUAGACUCUACCGAUUGGUAGGGUGAGCGUUGCUCCCAGAACAGGGAGGAAGGAGUCAAAUGACACCGAGGUUGAUUCAGAGAAAGAGUUUAUUCUGCUCUCCGGAUAGCAGAAGGCACUUGCGUGGUCAGUUCACAGCAAGUCCAAAGAAAUGAGAGAUUUCAUGCAGUAUAUAUAUCCUCCAGGCACCCUCUCCCCCCUUCCCCAGGAAUCCAGACACGUAAGCUUAUACACGUAAGUUGACAUCACAGAUGUUCCUGCUCGUGUACUCUUAACCAUAAAAGGGUGUUCCAGUUCCUGUAUUCCUUAUCUUGGGGUAAGAAGGUCACCAAUUCUAAGAGUCCUCCUGGCGCCGUUCCCGGGGGGCUAACAAGGUCUGUGUGUCACUGUGGUCAGGUGCCAUCCCUGCUCCACUGGAACUGGCAAGGCCAUCCAUUGCCGUCAUGGACUGAUAAAGGAGAUGGCUUUGAGCACUUGUUUAUACAGCUGGCUUUCUGUUUAUACAUUGACUCAAGAGCUCAAGUUAAUGCAUUUUAGAAAUGCUCCCUUGGAGGGGGAAAAAUGAGGAUUUGGGGUCCCGUUUCAGACUGACUGCACAGAACCCAUUCCUUCCCCCUUCAGUAACAAGUCCUUUCAGGGCAAAAGGUGAGAUAUAAAUAAAUAAUAAUAAUUCCUAUUGCAGCCUUUGGUUCCUGGGCUGUCACGACUCCCGAACAUUUGUGGAGCGUCAAAGACUCCUGCGUCUUCAUCCCGUGCACCUUCAGCUACCCCAGCAACGUCGCUGCCCCAAAUGGCAUCACGGCCAUUUGGUACAAAGAUAUCACAGGGCAGAAGGCUUUGGUUUACCACUCAGCAACUCCUGGUAGCGUUGAGGGCCGGUUUCAAGGGCGCACAGAGCUGCUGGGAGACCCCCUCCAGCGCAAUUGCACCUUGCUUCUGAGGGGUGUGACAACCGCAGAUGCCGGCAAGUACACCUUCCGGUUCGAAAUCAGCGAGGGGAACCGCUGGUCCGAUCAAAAGGGGGUUGUUUUAACCGUCACCGGUAAGUAACCAGACACUCCCUGCCCACAAAAGUCUGCUUUGUGAUGCAUCCCGAUUUCUCGACUGUUUUUGCUAAGCCUACCCGUCCUCAGGGCUUAAGCCAGCCUUCUUCAUCCUGCUGCCUUCCAGAUGUUUUGGACUACAACUCCCAUCAGACAGGGAGCUGGAGUGCAAAACAUCUGGAGGGCAAAGCCUGUCUUAAAACAACUGAAUGGAAGCUACUAAAUUAGGAAAGGCUGCGCACCACUGUAUCAAGCUGGAAAACCCCCUCUGCUGUUUAACCAAGCCGUUUACAGAAUCAUAGAGACAUCUAGUCCAAAAAACUGCAAUGCAGGAAUAUGUGGUUUGCCCCUACGGGGAUCAAACCCAUGACCUUGGCUUUAUCAGCACCACGCUCUAACCAACUGAGCCACCUGCAGGCCAUUAUCAUCAGGGAUUUGUGAUGGAGUGAAGGCUGUUUGCUGAUUGUGGUUGGCUGAGCUGCUCUGAGGUCACAGAGAGGCAGGGCAGGCAGAAGGACCUCGCUGUGAUUGGCUGGACUGCUUUGACCUAAAGCACAGUUGGCCAAAAAAAUUUCCAACAUGAGGGUUGUAUUGAUGGUCAGGGCCACAUGCCAGGAAUGGGCACAGCCAAUAUAUCUGUUUGUGUGUGAGGGUGUACACCCACAUUGCAUGCAGCACACAUGUGAGACGCACACAGAUACACUCGCCACUAGGGAUGGCAACAAACCUUCCCAAAAGUGAACAAAAGAGCAAGCCUGGCUCAUUGCAGGGGCUGCAUUAGAUGACCUCAGGGUUCCUUCCAACUCUACAAUUCCAAAAGCACAGUCUGAUCACAAAUGGGGAGAGAUCUGUUGUGCUCAGAUCCUGCUGCCAGGCUUCCCAUAGAAAUCUGGGUGGCCUCUGUGACUAGGUGGGCCAUUGGCCUGACCCUGCUGCAGGUCUCUUCCUGUGGGAUAUAUUGAUUAAUAUUAUCCUUCCUAACUCGUGUUAGCAAGUUUAUUCACUUAGUAGACUGCAUUUCCCUAUUACUCAGCAGGAAGCUGGUUGCAGACUUGUUAGAGAGACAAUAUGCAAUUCCAUCUGGCUUGCCCAGAUUGAAAUACAGUGGUACCUCUAGUUAUGAACUUAAUUCGUUCCGGAAGUCCGUUCUUAAGCCAAAGCGUUCUUAAACCAAGGUGUGCUUUCCCAUAGCAGCGGGGGACUCAAUUUACAAAUGGAACACACUCAAAAGGAAGCGAAACAUGUUUUGCUUCCAAGGCAAAGUUCACAGACCAAAACACCUACUUCCGGGUUUGCAGCGUUCUUAAUCCAAGUUGUUCAUAAACUAAGCUGUUCUUAAACCAAGGUACCACUGUACUGGGGAUGAUACAAUACGAUAUCUUUAUUGUCAUUGUCCCAUAAAGAACAAUGAAAUUGAAAAAUCUACAUAAGACAUUCAAAAACCCCUAAAAACUCUGAAACCCCAUUUUAAAAUACAAUUAUCACUCUAUCUUACAUAUCCCAGUACCUAAUACAACUCUAACAGAUCCCCAAGCAGCUUCCUGACUAAAGAUGUAAAAUUUAACAGAAAUACAGUGGUACCUCGGGUUAUGAACUUAAUUCGUUCUGGAGGUCCGUUCUUAAGCUGAAACCAUUCUUAUCCUGAGGCGCACUUUCGCUAAUGGGGCCUCUGGCGCGCGAUUUCCGUUUGCAACCUGGGGCAAAGUUAGCAAACGGGAGCAGCUGCUUCCGGGUUAGAGGAGCUCGUAACCUGAAGUGUUCGUAACCAGAGGUACAACUGUAUGUUUUAUUAUUUCUGGUAAGACCCCUUUGAUCCCUCCUAAAAGAAUAAAGAUACAACAGUCUUAUUCAUAAGUAACAAAAAGAAGUUUUACUCGCGAUCAGGUGAUCCCUGAAGGCAGGCUUUAGGCUUAAAGUUACAAAUACUGUAUGUACAAACAGGUUUACCCCAUAUGGGUGAUAACCUACGUCCAGGUACAGUCCAGGUGACGCAGGAAGCAGGCAGAAUGAAAAAGAAGGGAAAGAGAGGGAGGUGGCUACGUGACUUGGCUUUUUACCAGGUCUGGAAAGGUCACACCCACCUACUUGUUGUUGUUGUUCAGUCGUUUAGUCGUGUCCGAUUCUUCGUGACCCCCUGGACCAGAGCACGCCAGGCACUCCUGUCUUCGAGUGAACAUGCAAAAGGAAGGAUGCUCCAGGCCAGGUGUAACAGGAAGUUCAACUGGCUGGACCAACGUUCCCCUGCAUGUUCACUCUAGGCAAACAGGAAAUGUUGUACUUGACUGCUCCAGAGGAUUACAUCUCACACUUCCAACAUGUUUAUGUUCAAUUGUCUGUUUAGAAUGGAAGGGAGGUUGGGUGUCCAGACCCAGCAGUUAAAGAAAUGUGGACAUUGUUGAGGAGGUUCGUAGGAGAGGCUGAGCAGGAAAAUGAAACAGUCCAUUGCACAUUGUGGAUUUUUGACAGCAGUGUGAUGCCUUUCAUGGGCACCAGAGGAAGUGCAGGCAGGCAGCCUGGCGCCCGCGGGCACUGUGUUGGCUACCCCGAUCUAGUGCUGCUUCUUAUCUCCCUACCCAUUCAGACCAUCCCUUUCUUUUCUUUCUUUCUUUCUUUCUUUCUUUCUUUUUUUUUUGUUUGUUUUAUUAAAGAUUUUCUUGAUAUACAGAAGUAUGUGUAAUGUCUCUCGUAUUUUAUCCAUGUAACAUUUUUACAAAUCAGUUUCAUUUGUUGAGACAUUAGGAAGAAAAGGGAUGGAGAGGGGAAAGAUGGGUGGGGUCAGGUGGCGAUGUUCCUACUUUCAGCAGCCAGAAACACCAUAACCAGACACUGGAGAGACCUGUCAGGAGUAAGCAUGGACCAAUGGUACCAAAUAGUAUGGGAAACAGCCCUACUAGAAAAAUAAGCUGAAUAAUAAACUGAAUAAACUGAAACUGACACAGGGACAAACAGAAGAAGACACCUUCACCCCAGUAUGGCUCCCCUUUAUCACAUACACAGCCCAACAAGACAACAACAAAAAUCCACCAACAGCAUACAAAUCAAUAUGGCUAACCUGAUCCAAAACACCCACGCACCCCACUCACACAUGAAAACAAAGACCACCACAGGCAACCACAAACAAACAACCACACCCUAGGCCAACUCCAACCUCUCUCACCACUAGAGGAACACAAGUGAACAGCAGAGAACCUGCACGAGCAAUGCUGACACCAAACCCUACAUACAUUAAGCAAAACAGACCAUCCCUUUCUAUUCCCUUUUGUUUAACCAGGUUGGGGUGUCUCCUUCCAGCUGAUUCUCUUCCCAUCGUCAGCUUCCCCUCAGUGAUAACCAUUCACCAAGUUUAUGCACAAAUUUGUCCUCCCAGCCCAGUGUACACCCAGACCACAGGCACUCUGCUUGGUUCCUCAUUCCUAUCUUUAGCCCAGGCAUUUCUCAGGCUGUUCCUCCAAAAAAACAACAAAACAAAAAAAACUUGAGAGCAGCUAAUUAAAGCUGAAAUCUGAAACUUAAGCAUAUUUGCAACGGAAAGCCUGUGUCCCAUAUUCAAAAACAGAGGAUAUAAGAGCUGAGCUGAGCUUCACUUCUGCUUGUGCAUUUCUAACUGUUUUUAGCCUGUGAUGUCUUCCUUAGGUCACCUUCCAAACAACCUGUUUACAAACACUCCAAGGGACAAUCCUGGAUUUACGGAAGCUGUCCUGGUUUCUAAUUUGAUCCCAGAAUGUCCCGCUUCUCCUUUGUUGUUGUUGUUUAGUCGUUUAGUCGUGUCCGACUCUUCGUGACCCCCUGGACCAGAGCACACCAGGCCCUCCUGUCUUCCACUGCCUCCCUCAGUUUGGUCAAACUCAUGCUGGUAGCUUCGAGAACACUGUCCAACCAUCUCAUCCUCCAUCGUCCCCUUCUCCUUGUGCCCUCCAUCUUUCCCAGCAUCAGGGUCUUUUCCAGGGAGUCUUCUCUUCUCAUGAGGUGGCCAAGUCUUGGAGCCUCAGCUUCAGGAUCUGUCCUUCCAGUGAGCACUCAGGGCUGAUUUCCUUCAGAAUGGAUCGGUUUGAUCUUCUUGCAGUCCAUGGGACUCUCAAGAGUCUCCUCCAGCACCAUAAUUCAAAAGCCUCCAUUCUUCGGCGAUCAGCUUUCUUUAUGGUCCAGCUCUCACUUCCAUACAUCACUACUGGGAAAACCAUAGCUUUAACUAUACAGACCUUUGUUGGCACGCUUUUCCUUAGGAUGCCCCUAUUUUUAUCAGAAAAGUGUUGGAGGGUAUGGAAUUACCCUCCAAGCCAAGGAGAUAAGUAACUGUACAACCUUUAUAAGACAUCUGAAGGCAGCCCUGUAUAGGGAAGUUUUUUAAAAAAUGUUUUUAUAUACGUUGGAAGCCACCCAGUGUGCUGGGGCAACCCAGCUAGAUGGAAGGGGUAUCAUCAUCACCAUCAUCAUCAUCACCUCCACCAACACCAUGGAACAGAAUGUCCCUAUUUUCAAAUGUUGGAGGGUAUGUGUUUAUUGGACAUUCACCCUGAUUGGCUGGAACCAGAUUGGCUGGUUAGACAAAGUUGGCUAUUUAAUGAGCAGCCUUUCUGAUCUGCGGGGAGGUUAGCCCAUGUUGUGUCAAGCAAAAGUUAUCACUACACUUUCCUACACUUUCCAGUUCAUUUCCCAGUCACUUUCCUUUUUGCAAAAUGCCAAAUCAGGUUUAAUAGCACAACCUGAAUUUUCUGGUGUGUAAUUUAUCCCACCUGAAAAUCACACCCAUAUGUUCCCCCCCCCCCAAUAAUUAUGUGUCCCUCUUCCCCUCUUUCUACCUACAACUAAUCAAGUGACAAUUAAUCAGUCAUCUAUAUCUGUGUGAAUAUGGAAUUGUUGGUUUGUUUGUGUUUUAUUAUGUAUUUUAUGUUCUUAUUUUGUAUUUUUAUGUUGUGAACUGCCCUGUAAUCUUCAGACGAGCAAAGAUUAACUCAGAAGAUUCUGCUCAGCUAAGCCCAUCCUUUUGCCUUUUCUCCUUAGACUCGGUCGACAUCCCCACCAUUGCCUCCCCGGAUGACCUUCGCGAAGGGAUGGAGGUGUCCUUCAGCUGCUCCAGCCCCUACACCUGUCCCUAUGACAGCAUCUCCAUGAGAUGGCUUGGCUACGACACGACAACCUCGCUUGUGUCCAAGACACUGCAGCUGGACACAGCGGCAUCACUCAGGAAGCAAACUCUGACCACUUCCUUGACCUGGAAGGACCACAACCGGGAACUGAGCUGCGAGGUGUCUGUUGGGGAGCAGGUGGCCACGGGAAGAAUCACACUCAACGUGAAACGUGAGUUUAUCCAUGUGAGGAGGAUGGAGCAGCCAGGAGGGGCAGAUAUCAGUGACAACAAAGAAAUUACGUCUAAGUCCUGUGUAGAAAUGUGGAAUAGAACGGUUGUUGUUACUGUUGUUAAUAAGUGAGUUAGGGGCGAAGACAGGCUCUGGUGAAUGGAGCAGAUGAGACCAUGAGUGGCUCCAACAAUCAAGAAUUCGGUUCUGGACAUGUUGUAGAGAGGGAAGUGAGGGGCAGAUGAGGCUCCUCAACCUGGGAAGGUAGCCCCUCUAGGAGUAGGGAACUCUGAUCCCAAACCUCAGCUACCUUGAGGGACAUCUUUGGGAAAAGAAAAGGCCAAGGAGUAAACCCUAUACAAAUCAGAGCGGAGUCCCUAAGAUGGUUGGAUGGCAUCUUGUACUCCUCCUUCCAGCAACUCCUUCAGCCAAGCUGGUGCCAAACGUCUUGCUCUGUUUUCCUUUGGACCCCAUCAGCGAGGCGGGGAGGGGGGGUCUUGUCGUCUGGGCAGCCCAGGACCUCCAGACACACUGCCCAGGCUUGCUCCCCAGAGAAGUCACUUGAGUGCUGCUAACACAGCGGUUUGACUUCACCCUUGGAGGCGUACUCCGUUGUCUCUUGAGACAGAUGGGUGAAAGCAGCAAUCAUUUAUGCCCUGCCUUUUUAGUCCAAGUAGCUUUCAAAGAAAUUUAAUGAAUAAACACAUAAGGAUGUGUUUGUGGGAGCGGAGGUCUUGUGUUUCUUGCGUUUUGUGUUCCCAUUUUGCGUGGUUAUGCUGUAACGUGCCCUGUGAUCUUCCAAUGAAUGGCAGUAUUUAGAUUUAAUUACAGUGGUACCUCAGGUUACAAACACCUCGGGUUACAAACACUUCGGGUUACAGACUCCACUAACCCAGAAGUAGUACCUCGGGUUUAAGAACUUUACCUCAGGAUAAGAACAGAAAUCGCGCGGCGGUGGCGUGGAGGCAGCGAGAGGCCCCAUUAGCUAAAGUGGUACCUCAGGUUAAAAACAGUUUCAGGUUAAGAACGGACCUCCGGAAUGAAUUAAGUUUGUAACCAGAGGUUACCAUUGGUGCUGGUUUUGACCUUUAAAGCCCUAUGUGGCCUAGGACUCACGUACCUAUGGGACCGCCUCUCCUGGUAUGCCCCGCGGAGGAUCUUAAGGUCCACAAAUGACAACAUUUUGGAGGUCCCAGGUCACAAGGUGGUUGGAUUGAUCCCAACUAGGGCCAGGGCCUUUUCAGCACUGGCCCCGACUUGGUGGAACGCUCUGUCCCAAGAGACUAGGGCCCUGAGGGACUUGACUUGCAGGGCCUGCAAGACAGAGCUGUUCCACUGGCCUUUGGUUUGGACUCAGUCUGACCCUUAUGUUUCCCUCUCCUUAUGGUUUUGAUCUAUGGACUACUUUUAAAAUGAGGCUGCAUUUUAAAUUGCAUUUUAACCUGUAUUUUAAAUUGGGUUUUUUUUCUUUUCCUGUUAUAUUUUGUAAUUUUACUGGUGUUAGCCGCCCUCAGCCCGGCUCUGGCCGGGGAGGGCGGGGUAUAAAUAAAUUUAUUAUUAUUAUUAUUAUUAUUAUUAUUAUUAUUACCACCACUGUAAUUAAUAAUAAUAAUACAGCACCCUAAUAAUGAAAAGACAGUGAUGGCUGCCAACCUGUAAAAAAGGUAAAGGGACCCCUGACCAUUAGGUCCAGUCGUGGCCGACUCUGGGGUUGCGGUGCUCAUCUCGCUUUAUUGGCCGAGGGAGCCGGCGUACAGCUUCCGGGUCAUGUGGCCAGCAUCACUAAGCCGCUUCUGGCGAACAAGAGCAGCGCACGGAAACGCCGUUUACCUUCCCUCUGGAGUGGUACCUAUUUAUCUACUUGCACUUUGAUGUGCUUUCAAACUGCUAGGUUGGCAGGAGCAGGGACCGAGCAACAGGAGCUCACCCCGUCGCGGGGAUUCAAACCGCCAACCUUCUGAUCUGCAAGUCCUAGGCUCAGUGGUUUAACCCACAGCGCCACCCGCGUCCCUGGCUGCCAACCUAGAUGGCUUUAAAAGAGGAUUAGGCAAAUUCACGGAGAAGAAGACUUGAUGGCUACUGGCCUGGAUGGCUAUGCACUGCCUCCACACUUGAAGGCUGCAAUGUUUCUGAAUCCUAGUUCUCGGAAGCCACAGGAGGGGGAAAUGUUGCUCUUGUGUUCAAAUCCUGCUCUACUGGGUUUCCCGGAAGAGGCAUGUGGUCAGCCACUGUGAGAACCGGUUGCUGGACUAGAUAUUCUGUUGGCCUGACCUUCUUACCUUCUUAUGAAAAGACAGCCUUCAUUUCCCUAUGAUGGAUUCAGCGCUCAAGAAAAUGGAUGUUGCACUCAGCGAGCCACUGCCAUUCCUGUUCUUUGUCUCAAAGUCUUCCGCUUGCUCUUAGAUCCCCCCAAAGGUGUGAAAGUGUCACUCAAUCCCUCCUCCAAGAACAUCCGAGUGGGCGAUGAGGUGUCCCUGACAUGCACUGUGGACAGCAGCAACCCCGAAGUCACUGCCUACAGGUGGUUCAAAGAUGGCGUCUCCUGCGGAAGCAAGCCGCUUAAAACCAUCAGCAGUGCUGCCCGUGAGGAUUACGGCCUGUACCACUGUGAGGCAGAAAACUCUGUGGGCACUGGCGUGGCCGAAGGGGUAACCCUCUAUGUUUUCUGUGAGUACCAAGGAGAGGGACUUUGGUGUAUGUAUCUGUGUGCAUAUUUAUUCAUUUAUGAGCCAGUUACAUGCAUCUUCAUUUAAAGCAAAGGAUUGUGAGAAAUGUAGUUUACCCCUGAAAGAGCUACGGUUCCCAGAAUCUCUUAACAAGGAUACUUUGCUUUAAAUGGUGCAGGUGUGAUCUAAAACCAGGAGAUUAAGCAGAUGUGUGGGGAAGGGCAAGUGGGCUCCAUCCCAUAUGGCCUCUGCUUUCAAUUGUCCAGCUGUUGCUUCUGCUUAAAAACCACCCCUUUCUUUUCUGUUAAGCAAAUAUGAUUGGCAGCAACACUUUUUGCCCCAAGAUCGCCUUUGCCAACCUCCUGCCAGUCGGAAAACCUGGUGUGGUAUAGUUCUGGCUGUGGCUGAUGGGAAUUGUAGUCCCCAAACAUCUGGAGGGCACCUGGUUGGCUGGCAAAGAUAGUUUACCGUUUAGAUUUUCUUCAUUACUUUGGGUUGCACCAAACAUGGCCUUUUCUCCUGUUCCUUGUGGUGGGAGGGGUCCUCUCCUGCUACUUAAGACUCCCCCCAGGCAGACUGGGCUUGGAGGUAGAAGUGGAACCUUUUCCAAGAUGGUUGGCAUAAGGAACCAAACCAAAUCCAGGAAAAGAUUAUUUAAUUUGCCCAAAUGAUCUCAUUUUGAAUUUUGUUGUUGUUGUUGAGUCGUUUAGUCGUGUCCGACUCUUUGUGACCCCAUGGACCAGAGCACGCCAGGCACUCCUGUCUUCCACUGCCUCCCGCAGUUUGGUCAAACUCAUGCUGGUAGCUUUGAGAACACUGUCCAACCAUCUCGUCCUCUGUCGUCCCCUUCUCCUUGUGCCCUCCAUCUUUUCCAACAUCAGGGUCUUUUCCAGGGAGUCGUCUCUUCUCCUGAGGUGGCCAAAGUCUUGGAGCCUCAGCUUCAGGAUCUGUCCUUCCAGUGAGCACUCAGGGCUGGUUUCCUUCAGAAUGGAUCGGUUUGAUCUUCUUGCAGUCCAUGGGACUCUCAAGAGUCUCCUCCAGCACCAGAAUUCAAAAGCAUCCAUUCUUCGGCGAUCGGCUUUCUUUAUGGUCCAGCUCUCACUUCCAUACAUCACUACUGGGAAAUAGGGAUUUUUAAUAGAGCAUGAUAAAUAGAGUCUUUGCUGUCCCUUGACUAGACGUGUCACCCAGUGAAGGAGGGGAAGUGUGACCAGCGCCUUUAAUUCCUGGGUCAUUCCAUUUUUAUUUCUGGUUUUCAAUUUUAUACAUUUCAUUAACUUUACAAUAAUUUCAACAUUUUGAAACUCGACUUCUCCCCCCCCCCUUCUGCAGUUCCUUAAUUUUUUUAUAUUUUCUGCAUAUUCCAAAUUAACUUAACUUACUCAUUUAUUCGACUUCCUCCCCCCUCUUUCUGCAGUUCCUUUAUUUAUUUAUUUUUUCUGCAUAUUCCGAAUUAACUUACUCAUUUAUUCGUCUGCUUUAAAUACAUACUCUUAUAAAACUGCAGGUUGUAUUGCAAGAUUCCGGGGUCAUUCCAAGUAUGGCAUUACUGAAACUAGCUUUUUCUCACAGUUCCUUCUCCCCUAAUCUUCCAGCUGCUGUGCUGUCCAUCAGCCCUUCUUCCAGUGUCAGGGAAGGGGAGACGGUCACACUGACCUGCGACGUCCCUGGAGAAGACAAGCAGGAGAUCCACUACAGCUGGUACAAGAAUAACAUCUGGAUCAAGGAAGGCAGCGCCCGGAUCCUGGUCUUCCAUGAGGUUUCGGUGGGAGACACUGGCUAUUACUCCUGCAAGGUGCAGAAUGACAAAGGGAGUGAGACAUCCCAAGCUAUUGGCCUGAGCGUCUUCUGUGAGUUUCCUGACGUUCCCUCUUGCGCUUCAUGUUCAGAGCACACUUCGUAUCAGGGAUGGGGAACCUGUGGUUUCUUCCCUGUUUAGGGAAGUUUUUAAUGUUUGAUGUUUUAUUCUGUUUUUAGUGUUCUGUUGGCAGCUGCCCAGAGUGGCUGGGGAAACCCAGCCAGAUGGGUGGGGCAUAAAUUAUUAUUAUUAUUAUUAUUAUUAUUAUUCCCCACUCCUGCUUUUCAGCCUAUAGCAAAAUCCCUGCAUUAAAUGGGGGUCAUCUGGCACAGAGCUGAAAUACAGUCGCUUACAGAUGUCCCCACUCCCAUGAAUAAAAACGGAGCUGAUUCACAAAACCAUCAAUUUUCACUUGAUUGGCUGCUGAACAAAUUGGCUGGAAUUCUAUACGGAUAGAAAUAAUAGUUCUGAAGCAAUCAACAUACUCCCUUGCCUAAUCCAUCCUUUCAUUUCUUUAAAAGAUUUAUUUUUUUAAAAAAAAUUAUUACAUUCCUAUCCCACCUUUCCUCCAAGAGCUCAAGGUGGCGUACCUGGUUUUCUUCCUCCCUAUUUUAUCCUCACGACGACUCUGUGACGUAAGUUAGGCUGAGAGAGAUACGGUCUGGCCAGGGCCGUCUUACCCAUAGGCGCUAGGGGUGCGGGGCACCCGGGCGCCGGGCUCUCAGGGGUGCCAGGCCGAGAGUUCGGGGCCCGAGAGUUGAGUCCGGGGAAGAGCCCUUCUGUUGGUCAGAGCACCGCAGUGGGCUCUUCUGCUUCGGGUGGCUCUGCGUCGCGAGUUUGGGGGCAACCGAGCCAGCGAGACGCUGAAGCAACUGGCUGUCUAGUUCCACCCUCCUGCAUGCCUGGGGCUGGCCAAUCGGGGGGGGGCACCAGGUGUAUGCUUAAAACAGCCCUGGGUCUGACCCCUGGCGAACUGCGUGGGGACUUGUUACCGAGCACAGUUCAAAGUGAUGGUGCUGACCUUUAAAGCCCUAAAUGGCCUCGGUUCAUCGGUCCAGUAUAUCUGAAGGAGUGUCUCCACCCCCAUCGUUCUGCUCGGACGCUGAGGUCCAGCGCUGAGGGCCUUCUGGCGGUUCCCUCACUGCAAGAAGCCAAGUUACAGGGAACCAGGCAGAGGGCCUUCUCGGUGGUGGCGCCCGCCCUGUGGAACGCCCUCCCACCAGAUGUCAAAGAGAACAACAACUACCAGACUUUUAAAAGACAUCUGAAAGCAGCCCUGUUUAGGGAAGCUUUUAAUGUUUGAUGUAUUACUAUAUUUUAAUAUUUUGUUGGAAGCCGCCCAGAGUGGCUGGGGAAGUCCAGCCAGAUGGGCGGGGUAUAAAUAAUCAAUUAUUAUUAUAAUUAUUGUACCCUGUUCUCCCAGGUCCUAGUCCAAUGGCAACACCACAUUGGUUCCUAUAUGAUAUUCCAAGGGUCGGUCACAACCAUAGAGAUGAUCUGCAGCGCCAGCCCUACAAUUAGGCAGAUUAUUGUCUGGUGUUGGCUUCUGUGGGGCAGGAAGUGGCACUGAGGUGUGGAAAGACAGAGCUCUGCGUGCCACUUCUCCAGUCUGCCUUCCUCUGAGCCAAGGAUGGGAAGAUGUCAGGUUUGCAGAGACAACUUAGGUCUCGGUUUGCUUUUUACUAAAACCCUGAAACCCACAUGCAAAACAGCAGUUUGAAAUAGGGAGCAGCAUGCACAGGGCUUAUCCACACUUCAUUUUCACCCCACACUUUUCAGGGCAGAGGUCUGUAGUUUAACACUUGUCCAAAGGUCCUUCUCCCUCCCCAUUUUUCUCCGAAGAUUUCCCCCAUGCAAACCGCUCUUUAAAGCCAAAUCACAGCCAUCAGCAAUUUGGGUUUUUCGCAGAUUGAUGUUUGUUCCAACUGAGCUCUAAAGAGCAGUUUUUCUGGGGGAAAGCUUGAACACGGAGCUUUAAAGCACGGACCCUGCAUGGAAAGAGCAGAAGAAAAGUAAGUGUGGAUGAGGCCUUAGAAUUGUGAGACGAGGGACUUCUGCAGCUGAUCCUGGAAUUCCCUGCCACUUUAGGCAGCCAGGAUUCAGGGUAGAGUAGAAAUUCAGUCCUCAUUUAAAUGCAAACUUAUCUAACUUGUACUUCCCUGAAAAUACGCAAGCCGAAACGCAGCUCUCCUUUGAAAUUCUCACUUCCUUGAAUUUUGCAGAGCAGCUCUCCCGCCAAAAGUGCACACCUUAGCAGAGAGUGUGCGCAGCCAUGCGCGUGUUAGUGGGAAAGACAUACAAAAAUGCAUUAUAUUAGAGAAAAUGGCAUGCAAGAAUGUAUGUGUUAGGAGAAAAUGCACACACACAUAUGCAAUAUUCAAUAUUUUGCAAGCUAACAUGGAAAUGUGGAGAACUGAAUUUAAGAAGGGAGACAAAAGACGAGAGAAACUGAAAGUGGCCAAUUUCUCUGUCCUCAUUUGGGAUCAGUGCGGCGUUUCUGUUCAGUUGGAGGGGAGGCGCUCCUACGAACCUGGAAAUGUACCUGCUCCUAAGGUGUGCAUGCAACGAUCUUGUUUCUCCUGCACAGACCCUCCGAGGGCCCCCUCCCUCUCCUUGUUCCAGGAGACCCAGGAAGGGCAGCUGGCCAUCAUCUACUGCACCGUCGACAGCAACCCCCAGUCCGCCCUGAGCCUUUACCGGGACAAGAGGCUGAUCGCGACCACCAGCUCGCACUCGGCUCCCAGCCAGCGGAUCAGCAUCAGCACCACACGCAACUCUUUGAAGCUGGAAAUCCAGAAGGUCGUUCCAGAAGACCAGGGCGAGUACCAGUGUGUGGCAUCCAACGCGUAUGGGAACGCCACCACUGCGAGAUUCUUCGGUGCUCAAAGUAAGAUUAGUGCAAUGGGUUGUGUGUGUGGCUGCCUCUGGAACUUCAGCUGGUGCAGAAUUCAGUGGCCAGGUUGCUCACCAGAGCAAGCCGGUUUGAGCAUAUAAAUCCAAUCCUGGCUGCCAAUUAGUUUCUGGGUCGAAUUCAAAGUGCUGGUUUUGAAAGCUUACAUGGCUCAGGGCUGCAAUACCUCAAAGACCGCCUCUCCGCAUGUGAUCAAACCCAGACCCUGCGAUUAUCCUCUGAGGCCCUUCUUUGCGUGUCUGCUCUAUGAAAGGUUCAGAGGGUAGCAGCAUGAGAACAGGACCUUUUCUGUAGUGGCUCCCCACUGGUGGAAUGCUCUCCCCAGGGAGGCUCACCUGGCGCCUUCGUUCCAUAUCUUUAGGUGCCAGGAAAGAAACAUUCUUCAUCAACCAAGCCUUUGGCUGUUCAGCAAACUAUGGCCUUUUAAAUGUGUGGUGGGGUACUGUUCUUUAUAUCGUUAUGUUAUGCAUUUUGUGUUUUUAUAAUGCAAAACAUAACAUCUCCAGUUAAAAGACUCUCUGGCAGAGCAGAGUGAGACCCCAGAGUCUGUACAGCUAGCCCUGGCAGCAAAGUCCAGCGAUUCGGCUCAGUAUGAAACACCUUUGUAUCUCCACUUGAUUUGGGCUUGCCCUUCUAGCUUUGCUUGGUCAACACCACUCACCAGGUGGGUGUGGUUCCUGCACAGCACGGGGGUUCGACUAGAUGACCCUUGGGGUCCCUUCCAACUCCACAUUUCUAUGAGGCUGAAUCCUGACAAAACAGAAGUACUGUUUUGGGGGGACAGGAGGCGGGCAGGUGUGGAGGACUCCCUGGUCCUGAAUGGGGUAAUUGUGCCCCUAAAGGACCAGGUGCGCUGCCUGGGAGUCAUUUUGAACUCAGAGCUGUCCAUGGAGGCGUAGGUCAAUUCUGUGUCCAGGGCAGCUGUUUACCAGCUCCAUCUGGUACGCAGGAUGAGACCCUCCCUGCCCACAAACUGUCUCGCCAGAGUGGUGCAUGCUUUGGUUACCUCUCACUUGGACUACUGCAAUGCACUCUAUGUGGGGCUACCUUUGAAGGUGAUCCGGAAACUACAACUAAUCCAGAAUGUGGCAGCUAGACUGGUGACUGGGAGUGACCGCCGAGACCACGUAACACCGGUCUUGAAAGACCUACAUUGGCUCCCAGUACACUUCCGAGCACAAUUCAAAGUGUUGGUGCUGACCUUGAAAGCCCUCAACAACCUUGGCCCAAUAUACCUGAAGGAGCGUCUCCACCCCCAUUGUUCUGCCCAGACACGGAGGUCCAGCUCCGAGGGCCUUCUGGUGGUUCCCUCCCUGCGAGAUGUGAGGUUACAGGGAACCAGGCUGAGGGCCUUCUUGGUAAUGGCACCCGCCCUGUGGAACGCCCUCCCACCAAAUGUCAAAGACAACAACAACUACCAGACUUUUAGAAGACAUCUGAAGGCAGCUCUCUUUAGGGAAGCUGUUAAUGUUUAACAGACCACUGUAUUAUUAUUUUUUAAUAUAUAUUUUUAGACCACUGUAUUUUAAUACUUUGUUGGGAGCCGCCCAAAGUGACUGGGGAAACCCAGCCAGAUGGGCGGGGUAUAAAUAAUAAAUUCUAUUCUAUUCUAUUCUAUUCUAUUCUAUUCUAUUCUAUUCUAUUCUAUUCUAUGAUUCUAUUAUCAACAGUCUCUGUUUGCUCUUCUCCCAGCUGCUAGGGUGGUGGCCAGCCCAUCCCAAGAGUUACCCGAAGGCGAGCGAGUCACCCUGACCUGCAUGUCCACCUUGGGGCCUGGAGAUGGGACCACCUACACGUGGUACAAGAAUGCUAAGUGGCUGCAGGAGGGAGUGGAGAGCUCCCUGGUCUUCCCGGCGUUGGCCAGCGGUGACGCAGGAACAUUCCACUGCGUUGCUCGGAACGAGAAAGCCAGCAGCACAUCGCCAGCCAUCACCCUGCGCGUCUUGUGUGAGUAGCCCAUCCGACCCAUCUCAUAAAAUGUGGCUGGAGCCAUAGCGGUCUAGAGCAGGGGUAGGGGACCCAAGGGCCACAUUACCCUAUAGGGCCUGCACGUCAAUGGUGGGCGGGGCUAGAGGCAAAGGUGGGUGGAGCAAUGAUGGGACACCUAGCUUUGUUCCAGGAAAGGGUCGUGGUUGAUUCCUGCAUUGCACGAAGCUGCCCAGGGUGGCUGGGGUGACCCAGCCAGAUGGGAGGAGGAUUAAUAAUAAAUUAUUAUUAAAUUGUUAUUAUUAUAACAGAUUGUUUUCCACUCCAAAGAUGCCCCCAAGCAGCCUGUCCUGAGGUCCUUUCUGGAAACCCAAGGAGGAUACCUUGGCGUCAUCCAAUGCACAGUUGACAGCGAACCAGCCUCCGAGAUAACUCUGCGCAAGGGUGACACGCUCAUCGGGUCCACCACCAUUGCCCACUCCUCCGCUGACCCAAGAGUGAGCGUGAUCCAGUCGUACAACACACUGAAGGUGACCAUCAAGGGCGUGAGGCUGGAAGAUGAAGGAAAGUACCUGUGUUCUGCUCAGAACCGCUACGGACAAUCCACCGCCUCCAUGGACUUCACAGCGGAAAGUAAGUCACAGAGAUUUGAUAAGCUAUCGGUCCACUUGUCAAAAAUGUCCCCCCCCCCAAAUGGAGGUUACGCUUUAUAUUACAUCCAGACCCUGAUAUUCUUUCCUUCCUACCUGCCGUCCUUAAGUGGCAUGUUAUGGCAUGAGUUGAAUAGGAUCCAAAAGGCAGCAGUCUGAUUGGUCCUAGAAUAGGAUUCAGAAUGCAGCAGUCUGAUUGGUCCACAGGAGCCACCCAAUCCAGCUCCAGGUGGAAGUGAAUCCGCAACCUGGUUGGCCUACAGGAGAAUCCUGGAAUUAGCCAAUCACGUGGGGCCCAUUGUGUAAAUAAUGUAUAUAAAGCAGAUAUUUGGGGGGAACUUUCAUUCCUCACUACUAUGAGCUGAAUAAAGAGCAUGAAAUCCACACUUGACUCCAAGUAUAUUUCAAUGCCCCUUGAGGGUCCCUUCUACGACUGAUUGCUGCUGCUCCACCCAGGUAUCUGUGUUAACAUAUCAAAAUUACUAUGCCCUUGCACAAAGAAAACAUAGCAUGAAAAUAAAACUUCCCUUAUCCUGUAAAUGGCCUCCUUAUUUACUUCUUGUAUACUGUUCAUUUUAUAUGUGAUUAUUACAAUUUUUCCUAAUUAUGACUUUAAAAACUGCAAAGUCUCCUGUAGAAAUUAAUCGAAACAAGUCCAGGUGUAUAUUUUAGGGCACUGUUUGGUAAAGUAUUCUCUGCAUUUUCCCCAUUCAUUUUAAAAAUCUUGUCUAGGUUGUCCCCUAAUUGUCUCUGUCAAUCUGGCCAAUUCAGUAUAAUCUAAUAAUUUAUCCUGCCAUUCCUUUUUUGUUGGCACAAAUUCUUUUUUCCCAAUUUCUGUUGUUGUUAGUUAUUUCUGUGGUUUAUAUACUGCCCUUUAUCUAAAGAUCUCAGGGUUGUGCCCAACAUCAAGGACACAAGAACCACAACCACAGCUAAAUGCAGGAAUUGCAACUGACAACUGUCCCCGUUUUAUUUCCCACCCAGCUGCAAGAAUCACCAUCUCCCCGUUCUCAGAGGUGCGUGAAGGUGAGGCGGUCCAGCUGUCCUGCGAGGUGAGCAGUGAUAACACCACCUCAAGCAACUACACCUGGUACAAGGAUGAUCUCCCUCUCCCCGAGGCCCGUGGGGAUUCCCUGGAGUUCCAGAAAGUGUCCAGAGGCGAUUCGGGAAACUAUCGCUGCCAAGUGGAGAACGAGAAAGCCAGCAAGAGCUCCACCGCUGCCACCCUGUCUGUGCUGUGUAAGAGUCGCUGCCUUUUGCAGUUUUGUUCAAGAUCAGAGGUCAGCAAACUUUUUCAGCAGGGGUCCGCUAUCCCUCAGACUUUGUGGGGGGCCAGACUAUAUUUUUUAAAAAAUAAUGAACAAAUUUCUAUGCCCAAGAAAUUUCUAUGCCCAACAAAUAACCCAGAGAUGCAUUUUAAAUAAAAGCACACAUUCUAAUCAUGUAAAAACACCAGGCAGGCCCCACAAGUAACCCAGUCGUUUAGUCAUGUCCGACUCUUUGUGACCCCAUGGACCAGAGCACGCCAGGCACUCCUGUCUUCCACUGCCUCCCACAGUUUCGUCAAACUCAUGCUGGUAGCUUCGAGAACACUGUCUCACUAUCUUGUCCUCUGUCAUCCCCUUCUCCUUGUGCCCUCCAUCUUUCCCAACAUCAGGGUCUUUUCCAGGGAGUCUUCGCUUCUCAUGAGGUGGCCAAAGUCUUGGAGCCUCAACUUCAGGAUCUGUCCUUCCAGUGAGCACUCAGGGCUGAUUUCCUUCCGAAUGAAGAGGUUGGAUCUUCUUGCAGUCCAUGGGACUCUCAAGAGUCUCCUCCAGCACCAGAAUUCAAAAGCAUCAAUUUUUCGGCGAUCAGCCUUCUUUAUGGUCCAGCUCUCACUUCCAUACAUCACUACUGGGAAAACCAUAGCUUUAACUAUACGGACCUUUGUUGGCAAGAUGAUGCCUCUGCUUUUUAAGAUGCUGUCUAGGUUUGUAUUUGCUUUUCUCCCAAGAAGCAGGCGUCUUUUAAUUUCGUGACUGCUGUCACCAUCUGCAGUAAUCAAAUAACCUAGAGAUGCAUGUUAAAUAAAAGGACACAUUCUACUCAUGUAAAAACAUGCUGAUUCCUGGACUAUCUGCAGGUUGGAUUUAGAAGGCGAUUGGGCCGGAUCCAGCCCCCAGGCCUUAGUUUGCCUACCCAUGUUCAAGAUGCUAUCAAAUUAGACUUCCGGAAAUCUUUCCCCGCAAACACUCUCUCACACAAAAAUCUCAUAUACAUAUAGCAAAAGUAGGCAAGGCGAUUCCCUCCCGUCAGCCGGCUUCAUGGCUGUAAAUUAAUCAGCUGCUCUCAGAACUAUUUCAUAUGAGAUAAUCCAGGAUAUCACAUCCACGUAGGAAAACAGCAUGUCCUGCCCCACCUGUCUUUGGGCCACGGCUCUUGGAUUUACAGACUAACAAAAUGCAAUGCUAGAAAAAGAGGCAACGUCAUAAAUGUUUGUAAAAUUAUGCGUGUCCUUGAGAAAGAGAAGAGAGGCAAGUUUUAUAGUGCAUAUAAAAUAAUAAUUAUUAUUAUGUUAUUUAUUUAUUAAAUAUGUAUACCUCCUUCAUCUGAUGAUCUCAGAGGAGUUCACAAGAUAAAAAUACAGGAUAAAAGCACACAAUAAAUAGUUAAGACUAAACUAAACAAUAACCCCACUCCCACUAACACAUUUAAAAGGCCACAGAAUAUUCAUCAGCCAAAGGCCUGGUUGAAGAGGAAAGUUUUCGCCUGGCACCUAAAGAUGUAUAAUGAAGGCUGAAGGAGCGUCUCCACCUCCAUCGUUCAGCCCGGACACUGAGGUCCAGCUCCAAGGUCCUUCUGGUGGUUCCCUCACUGCGAGAAGUGAGGUUGCAGGGAACCAGGCAGAGGGCCUUCUCGGUAGUGGCACCCGCCCUGUGGAACACCCUCCCACCAGAUGUCAAAGAGAAGAACAACUACCAGACUUUUAGAAGACAUCUGAAGGCAGCCCUGUUCAGGGAAGCUUUUAACGUUUAACAGACCACUGUAUUUUAAUACUUUGUUGGAAGCCGCCCCAGGUGGCUGAGGAGACCCAGCCAGAUGAGUGGGGUAUAAAGUAUUAGUAUUAGUAUUAGGUGACAGAUGAACCUCCCUGAGGUGAUACUAUAACCUUGAAAGAUAGCCCUUGUGGGACCUCCCUCUGAUCCUUGUUCCUCCCAGCCCAAUGCCAUCAAAUUUCUCUUUCUUUCCCAACUCCUUAUAGUUUCUUCUGAAGUUCCAGUCCUAUAAAACAUACUAUUGGCCAAACACUCUCUGUUCAAAGUUAUAGAUUUUCAUCCCAUAAAUUAAAUGCUAUUAUCUGAUCAGUUGUCAGGCAACUCAGUCGGAGCAAGAGAUAUAAUUUCGCACUGGCACUGUUUCAUUCGUUAAAAGCCUGGGUCUUAUGCCCUUGCGUGUGUGUCCUCUGGUUCCAGACCCCCCUGGGAAGCCUCGAGCGUCAGUCUUUGCGGAGAUGGAAAGAGGUCGGGUCGCCAUCUUCCAGUGUUCAGUGGACAGCAACCCUCCAGCCCAACUGGUCCUGUAUAAAGGGGGUGAAGUCGUGGCUUCCAGCAGCUCAGUGAACAGCGCAGCCUCCCAGAGGGUCAGCAUCACGGCUGCUCCCAAUGCCAUGCGGGUGGAGAUGAGAAACAUCGAGCCACAGGACGAAGGCAGCUACAACAUCACAGCCACCAACACCUACGGCUCUUCCUCCAGGCUGGUGUACUUCCGUGUGCAGAGUGAGUGCAGAGAGGCUGCGAUUGUGGCGCCGAUAAUAGCCGUGUGUCUAUUUCAAUGUUGCCGCCAUAUUGCCAGGCGUGGAGAGUCCUCUCCUCCCUUCGGCAACUUCACAGACGAGAAUUAACGAGCAGUUUAUCAUUUAUAGUCCUUUUUAUUCAGUCGUCUGGUUGCAAGCAAAAAUCCACAUCUCUCCACAAGGAGGGCAGUUGGCUACUCCAGAUCCUCCCCCUUUCUGGCCCCCGCAACAUCUGGGGCGCUAACAGGAAGUGUGGUGUAGUGGUUAAGAGCGGUGGACUCGUAAUCUGGUGAACCAGGUUCGCUUCCCCGCUCCUCCACCUGCAGCUGCUGGGUGACCUUGGGCUAGUCACACUUCUCUGAAGUCUCUCAGCCCCACUCAACUCACAGAGUGUUUGUUGUGGGGGAGGAAGGGAAAGGAGAUUGUUGGCCACUUUGAGACUCCUUAGGGUAGUGAUAAAGCGGGAUAUCAAAUCCAAACUCUUUUUCUUCUUCUACAUACUUUGUUCUCUAAUAAGGGCAGAUCUCCUAGUUUGGGGAGAGGGAGGGUCCCCCACACCACUCAGUGUGAUGUAGGAGAGCCAGUGUGGUGUAGUGGUUAAGAGCGGUGGACUCGUAAUCUGGUGAACCAGGUUCGCUUCCCCACUCCUCCACCUGCAGCUGCUGGGUGACCUUGGGCCAGUCACACUUCUCUGAAGUCUCUCAGCCCCACUCACCUCACAGAGUGUUUGUUGUAGGGGAGGAAGGAAUAGGAGAAUGUUAGCCACUUUGAGAUUCCUUAAAAAAGUAAAGGUAAAGGGACCACUGACCAUUAGGUCCAGUUGUGGCCAACUCUGGGGUUGCACACUCAUCUCGCUUUACUGGCCGAGGGAGCCGGUGUACAGCUUCCGGGUCAUGUGGCCAGCAUGACUAAGCCACUUCUGACGAACCAGAGCAGCGCACGGAAACGCCGUUUACCUUCCCGCCGGAGUGGUACCUGUUUAUCUACUUGCACUUUGACGUGCUUUCAAACUGCUAGGUUGGCAGGAGCAGGGACCGAGCAAUGGGAGCUCACUCUGUUGCGGGGAUUCGAACCACUGACCUUCUGAUCAGCCACAUGACCCGGAAAGCUGUUUGUGGACAAACGCCAGCUCCCUCGGCCUGAAAGCAAGAUGAGCGCCCGUAACCCCAUAGUCACCUUUGACUGGACUUAAACGUCCAGGGGUCCUUUGUCUUUACCUAUACAGUCAUACCACAUGUUACAUUUGCUCCAUGUUGUGUUUUUUCAUGUUGCAUCCCACGGCAACCUGGAAGUACCGGAAAGGGUUACUUCUGGGUUUCGCCAGUCGCACAUGCACAGACGUGCAAGAUGACAUCAUGCACAUGUGCACAAGCGCCGAAUCGCAACCCAUGCGUGCACAGACGUGCCGCUGCGGGACGCGUUCCUUUCAUGUUGCGAACGGGCCUCCAGAACAGAUCCCGUUCACAACCAGAGGUACCACUGUAUAGAAAUAUCUGCAUGAAUGAAUAAAUCCCCUGAGCAUUCAUUCUUUGCUGCAUUUAAGCCUGUUACCUAGUUUCCUGGAAUUCUAGACUUGUUCCAUUGGAAGGGACCACAGGGGUCAUCUAGUCCAACCCUCUGCAAUGUUGGAAUCUUUGGCCCAACCUUGUCCUCGAACCCGUGACCCUGUGAUUAAGAGCCCCAUGCCUGACUUUCUUCCCCAAUCCAGCUGCAAGAGUUCUGGCUUUGCCAUCCCCCGAGUUGCUGGAAGGAGAGGCGCUCACCCUGAGCUGUGACGUGAUGGGGUCUGCUCCCAAGGAGUCCACCUUCUCCUGGUACAAAAACAGCAAGCGCCUCCAAGAGAGCGAUGCCAGCACACUCACCUUCAAGGCCAUCACCAGCAGCGACGCUGGAUCCUACCAUUGCAAAGCCCACAUGCUGGAUGAGGCCAGCACCAGCAUCUCUCUAGCCAUCAGCAUAACUGUCUUUUGUAAGUGGCGGUGUUUUUCCGGUUGCAUCCCUAACCUGGAUUAGACUCCCUUCAGUCAGCUUGGGGUGGGCGAUAGCCAGACGUUAAGCAUGCAAUGAGGAAAUGCCACAUCCUUCCCAAUCCCAAUGGACAGCUUCAUUAACAUUAACAUUAACAAAAAUGAGGUCCAGUGCCGAGGGCCUUCUGGUGGUUCCCUCCCUGCGAGAAGCCAAUUUACAGGGAACCAGGCAGAGGGCCUUCUCGGUGGUGGCACCCGCCCUGUGGAACGCCCUCCCACCAGAUGUCAAGGAAAGAAACAACUAUCUGACUUUUAGAAGACAUCUGAAGGCAGCCCUCUUUAGGGAAGCUUUUAAUGUCUGAUGCAUUACUGUAUUUUAAUAUUGUGUUGGAAGUUGCCCAGAGUGGCUGGGGAAACCCAGCCCGAUGGGCGGGGUAUAAAUAAAUUAUUAUUAUUAUUAUUAUUAUUAUUAUUAAAUAACAUGUGACCUGGAAAUCUGGAAAUCUGGAAAAUUGGAUCCCCUCCAAAGUGAUGCCAAUGUUUUGUGCUCAUUUUGUGCUGUUUUGUGCCACGAACCCUGCAUUUCAUGCCACCCCCUGAAACAGAGUAAUUCAUACUCAGACCAGGGGCCGUAGGUACCCCCCACAAAACCCAACACCGUCCAAUUCACUACAAACCAGUGCCAAACUUUUGCAAGAGUUUUAAUAAAAAUAAAAAUAAUUGUAUUAUUUAUAACACCACCACCACAUCCGGCUGGGUUUCCCCAGCCACUCUGGGCAGCUUACAGAAUAUAUAAAACACAAUAAAGCAUUUUUGUGCCACAGACCCUACGUUUUGUGCCACCCCUCAAAUGGAGUAACUGAUACUCAAACCAGAGGCCAUAGGUAUCCCCGCUAAAACCCAACCCUGGAGGGUGGGGAUUCACAACACACAACAGCCCAAAAUGAGCCCAAAACAUUGGCAUCGGUUUGGAGUGGAUCCAAAAUUCCUGGGUCACGCGUUAAUGAAGCUCCAAGGGACCUCCAAGCCAUUUCAAACUGGAUUCCUCCAUGGCACUGCCUACAGGUAAUCAAAAAUCCGGUUUUGUGGCUCCCUGAGAGUUUAUAGACAAAAUCUUUUCAUCAUCUAUGGCCUUUAAAAGGGAAGACGUGAGGGUAUUUUCUCCCCCUCCCCCUUUACUAUUAUUAUAUUAAGUAUUUUGUGUUUUAUGUUGCAAACCUCCCUGUGGUCUCUUGCGGAAGGGCAGUUUUAUAAAUACAGUAAAGGAUAACGUAAUAAUCAUUUGCCUGUCCUGAGUCAACAAUCAGCUGGAAAGGAGGUAGUCCCCACCAUUGACCCUAAAGCUGGCGUCUCUAUCCUGCCUGCACAGAUCCGCCUCGGAAACCUCAGGUGACCUCCUUCCUUCAGACACAGGGCAGGCAAGUGGCCGUCAUUCACUGCAGCACCCAGAGUGAGCCCCAGUCCCAGCUGGCCAUCUACAAGGGCGCUGAGCUCCUGGCCUCCACCAUCAACUCUGGCAAGGUGGCACCCAACCAGCGGGUCAGCGUAUCAGCCUCGUACAACAGCUUGAGAGUGGAGAUCUCCAACGUGGUGAUGGAGGACGAAGGAGAGUACUUCUGCUUUGCUGGCAAUGUGCAUGGCAACGCCAGCUCCUCAGUGACGUUCAUCGCAGAGAGUGAGUAGGAGAAGGGGUGUGAUUGUGUGAAGGGUGGCUCAGCUGGUAGAGCAUGAGACUCUUUAUCUCAGUGUUAGGGAUGUUCCUCCCCAGAGCGACAGCGAGGACUCCAGAGAGGAAAGAGGGCAGACUGGGGGGAGUAGAGACUUGAUUCCUUCCCACAUUGAGAAUGAUGUAAGCCCCUCUCGCUCUGGAAUGCAAGCUGUUGAAGCCGGCUGCAGGGCAUCAGCCACUGUUAGAUUUGGCUCAAGAGGAGGAGGGGCUGGCUGCACCUGAGUCUACUCAGAGCAGGAGGAAGAGCCGGGUACUAGGGCAACAUUGGCCCAGCAGGAGGUGGGGAAAAAGGUGGAGGAUAUCCUGCUGGCGCAGACAGCGUCAUCCAGUGGGACCAACUGAUUCAUCCAGUGGAGCUCAGAUUGCAGCUACUGUGUAAUUACUAAAUAAAUCUAAGAGUAAUUAGCCUGCCAAGGGACACGGGUGGUGCUGUGGGUUAAACCACAGAACCUAGGACUUGCCGAUCAGAAGGUCAGCGGUUCAAAUCCCCGUGAUGGGGUGAGCUCCCGUUGCUCGGUCCCUGCUCCUGCCCACCUAGCAGUUUGAAAGCACAAAGUGCAAGUAGAUAAAUAGGUACCACUCCGGCGGGAAGGUAAACGGCGUUUCUGUGCGCUGCUCUCGUUCGCCAGAAGCAGCUUAGUCAUGCUGGCCACAUGACCCGGAAGCUGUACGCCGGCUUCCUCGGCCUAUAGAGCCAGAUGAGCUCCGCAACCCCAGAGUCGGCCACGACUGGGCCUAAUGGUCAGGGGUCCCUUUACUUUUAAUUAACCUGCCAGCUUGCCGUGUCUUGUAUGAGAGAGACAUUGUAAAUCCUGACACUCAAGGUCAUGGGUGUUUGAGCCCCAGGUUGGCCAAAGAGAUUCCUGCAUUGCAGAGCAGCCCUCCUUUUUCAGAUCUGCCCAUUAACAGAGCUCUGUUUUCCUGCCUUCCAUGGUCGGUCUUCUUAGCUGCAAAAAUCUGGAUUUCUCCUCCGGAUGUUCUCGAAGGGAAUGCAGUGAACCUCACCUGUGCAGCUGACAGCAAUACAGCUGGCGAUCCGCACUACACCUGGUAUAAAAACAACAGGUGGUACGCUGAAGGCGCAUCGAAUAUGCUGUCACUUCCCCACGCUACUGUGGCUGAUGCUGGUUCCUACUACUGCACAGUGAAGAACCAGGAGAGGGUUCGGAACUCCUCCUUGGGCACUCUGAACGUCCUCUGUAAGUCCCUGAAUUUACAAGCUGUUGUUGCCCAGUCCCUGUGGUGGUGGGUGCCCAUAGAGCAGAAGGAAGGGAGGCCACCUGUAGGUGGCGCAAGAGACAGCGGCAGGCAGAGUCAGCCAAGCGUAACUUUCUUCUCCUACCUGUUGAGUUCUACAAAGGCAGCACUGAGACUAUGAGCUGUGCAUAAAUUCUAUGGAAUAAAUAAAUAAGGAUCAGGAGAACUGAGGCCUGCUGCAAUAAUAAUAAUAAUAAUAAUAAUAAUAAUAAUAAUAAUAAUAAUAAUUUAUUAUUUGUACCCCGCCCAUCUGGCUGGGUUUCCCCAGCCACUCUGGGCGGCUUCCACAGAAACAAAAAAUACACUAAAAUCACACAUUAAAAACUUCCCUGAACAGGGCUGCCUGCAAAAGACCCCUUAACGCUACCCCUGCCUCCCCUCACCAAAAAUUCAAGUAUGAUGCUUCUAAUUUGCAUAAUUUCCAAGCAGUCGAAAUCUUGCAAGUUAACUGUGCAUAAGAUGCAAUCACACUAUACUGCAUUUUGAUGCAUCCCCCCAAAAAACUUGCUUAGAUCAAAACUGAAAAAAAGAAUGACUUGGCUACAUUUUAAACCCAGAAUGUAUACGCACAUCUUUUUGUUACUGCUGCAUAACUCAGUCCCCUGAUUCUGCUGAUUUCGCUCCUCUUUCCCCCUACUGGAAGAUCCUCCCAGGAACGCUUGGGUGAAGUCUUUCCUGGAGACCCAGAAAGGGAUGCUGGCCAUCAUUGUGUGCUCUGUCGAAAGCAACCCCGGGUCUGUACUCUCCCUCCUCCGAGGCAGCGAAGUUCUCGCAUCCAGCUCUUUCCAAGCCAGCCGGGCGCCAAACCAUAGGCUGAGUGCCGCUGCCUCUCCAAACUCCUUGAGACUCGAGAUCAAAGAUGUCAGCCUGGACGACGAAGGAAUGUACGAGUGCCUGGCUAGCAAUGGCAUUGGCAAGACCAGCACCUCCUUAGACUUCACAGUGGCGAGUGAGUGAAGACAGCUGGCGCUUGGGGAAGGGUUGUAGCUCAGUGGCAGAAGGUCCCAGAAAGUCAAUCCCCAACAGCUCCUCUAGGUCAGUGUUUCCCAACCUUGGGCCUCCAGCUGUUUUCGAACUACAAUUCCCAUCAUCCCUGACCACUGGUCUUGCUAGCUGAGGAUUAUGGGAGUUGUAGUCCAAAAACAGCUGGAAGCCCAAGGUUGGGAAAUGCUGCUCUAGGUAACUGGGGAAGUAGGUCAGACCCAAGAGAGCCCAUCUAGUCUAGCAUUUUGUUAUCAGUGGCCGGCCAGGUGUCCCAAUGGAAAGCCCCCAAGCAUUCCCUGAGUGCAGCAUCUUUCUCCCCACUUGCGAUUCUCCAGCAAGUGGUCUUCACAGGUGUAUUCAAUACGGGUGGGAGAGCACAGCCAUGUUAAGAUUCCUGCUCUGUGUUUGCAGUCAUGAGAUUGUUGUCUAUCGCAUGACGGUGUAUGUUUUCAUUCCACAGGGUGGGAAGUGACGGAGAAAGGAUGUUUUGGUAUUACUUUGUUCCAUGAAGUGAGACUAUUGUCCUUUGUUCUUUCUCUCUUUGCUGUCUGAUGAGAAAGAGGAAGGAGCGAAGGUAGAAUGCUCCGAGUGUAAUAUAUGUAAAUAAACGUAGAUUAGCCACAAUGCUGUGCUACUGAGGUCUGUUACGCAAACUGCAAAUACUCUGCGGAUCCCUAAGUGUGCUGAUGCUUCUUGGUAUCAGACGCUGUGAUGUUCAGUCUGAAGAAAGCUUUCGAAGCUCCCGAACGAUCAACCAGGAGGGAGAGAACAUGCCAGCCAGGCAUGUGUCUCUGCCAGGGUCCUACACGAGAGUAGGACGCUCCUAACAAACCACUGUGGCUAGUGGCCAUCAGUAGACUCGGCCCCCAUUCAUUUUGUCUAAUCCUCUUUGAGAGCCAUUGAAGUUGGCGGCCAUCACUACAUUCCAUGGCUGCUAAUUUCGUUGUUUACUUUUGCACCAUGUCAAGGAAUGCUUCCAAACAAUACAGGCACAUUAUAUUUUUGUUUCCCAUGUCAAUGCACAUUAAACAAUGAUACUUGGCACAGGCCGGGGAAGCUGAUGAUUCCCUGUUGGUGCUGGUGGCUUCAAUCCAUUUCAGCUUCAAUCUUCUCCAUCUUGCAGCUACGAGGGUUGUGAUUAAGCCAGUCUCAGAGGUGCGUGAAGGGGAUCGGGUCUCUCUCGUCUGUGAAGACAGAAGCUCCCCAUCAACAGCUGUCUACACCUGGUACAAGAAUUCCAGGUGGCUGUCUGAGGGCUCGGCCCCCUCCCUCAUCUUCCAGGCGGUGGCAACCAGCGACGUGGGCUCCUACUCCUGCCAAGUUCAGAACAAGAGGGGGACCAGGAAGUCUCCACCUGCCGCCCUGAGGGUGCUCUGUGAGUACAGCAAGAAUUCCCUUUUGGAAUGGGUGUGUGCGUGGACUUAUGAAACAUUCCUUAAACCAUGGGGCUGGUCUUGCAAUCUGCACACUGGAGCCUGUUAAAAUGACCCAUUUUGUCCGGGGAAAAGUGAGUCGCUAUGCACAGUGCUGAUUGGCUAGCACCUGUGCCGUCAUGAGUCUACUUUCCUUCUCCUCCUCCACACCUCCCAAACUCCCAGGGUAGUUUUUCAACUUAUAAAAUGUUGAGUGGAGCAGGAGACGGGAGGAACUUUAUAGGAAUGGACACAUAGGGCUCAUCAACUGGGAAAGGGGGAUUCUUCUACUGUGAAAAAUCUUGAAAACGUUUCAAAAAGGAAAGAAGAAAGAAUGACUUGUGCCUUAAAUAUGGAGGCAGAAGCCAAAGUGACAACUAACUCAGCAUUCUUAUUGCUAAUCUCUGCACUUGCUGAUUACAAUCUGAAGGGGAGGGAAUCUGGGCUCUCUCCCCAUGGGGAAAAAACACUUGAUUGUGACUUCCAUUUUGGAAAUAAGAUUGUGUGCAUCCUGAGAGACAUUUUGAAGACUUGGUGAUGGAAGUGCCUGUCAGCCUAUUUCCCUCCUUCCUUAGGUUCAGUUCAGUCUGUUUCUGCAACCAUUUGGGUUAGUUUUCAUACAUUUCUACUGAUACGGUACACAUAUUUAGCACCCAAUUUUAUCUAACGUAUGCCUUAUUGCAAGCCAUUUCUCCUAAUCUGAUCCAUUUUUAUGAACACUUUCCCUUAAUAUACAGUACAAAUCUAAAAUGCUGCCUGCAUUUCAUGUCUCAUAGUGAAGUGCAAAUUGGAGGGGGGUCACAUCAAAAAAAUGCAAAACAAAUUUCUCUCCCAUCUUCAGUGAGGACUAGAAACUUUUUCCACAAAGCAUUCUGAGGUCUGCAGUACGUACCCUCUACUUAGAAUUAUAGACUCAUCUAAGAAGUGGAAGAGACCCAAAGGGUGGCGCUGUGGUCUACACCACUGAGCCUUUGGGGCUUCCCUAUCGGAAGGUUGGCAGUUCAAAUCGAAUUCUUCUUUUGUUCUUCAAAAGUUUUCAAGAUUUUUCACUGUAACAGAAUCCCAGCUUCUGCCAACCUAGCAGUUCGAAAGCAUGCCAGUGCAAGUAGAUAAAUAGGUACCGCUGCAGCAGGAAGGUAAACGGCAUUUCUGUGCGCUCUGGUUUCCGUCACGGUGUUCCAUUGCACCAGAAGCGAUUUAGUCCUGCUGGCCACAUGACCCGGAAAGCUGUCUGUGGACAAAGGCUGGCUCCCUCAGCCUGAAAGCGGGAUGAACAUCUCACCCCAAAGUCGCCUUUGACUGGACCUAACCAUCCAGGAGUCCUUUAUUAUUAUUUAUUGAAUUUAUAUACUGCCCUAUACUCUGGGGUCUCACAGAAUAAAAUCAAGAUAUAAAAGCACAAAAUAUCGAAUAAAAAUUAAAACAACGACCCAAUAGCCCCCCCCCCAAAAACCACAUUUUAAAAUGGCGUAGUAUGUAAGAGCGGUAGACUCUUUGGAUCAUUGGAUUGCAGAGAUAGAAGGGGUCCCCAAGGGUGAUCUUGUCCAACCCCCUGCAAUGCAGGAACCACAGCUAAAGAAUCCCUGGCGGGUGACCAUUAAGCCUCUGUUCCAAAAGCUUCAGUGAAGUGUGGGAAUGUUCAGGGAUGCAGGAGAGGAUAUAUUGUUUGAUUUUAGCCUUUCCAACUUGUGUUAACAAGUUCACAAUUUAGCAGAGUAACAUUCCCCCUUUUUAAGCUCACAGCAGAUGUGUUUGCUCAGGCUGGCUAAAGCCUCUAUAAUAACUGUUCUGGUAUUUUCCCCUUAUUCCCUCAUAAAAGAUAAGACACAACACAGUCUUCUAUAAAAGUAUUAAAAGAGUUUACUCACAUUCUGUUCACAAUCGGAUCCCAGAAGGCAGACUUAGCUUAGAAAAGUCACAUACACCUGGAAACUAUCUUAUAAGGAGACAGUCCCUCUGUCCUCUUUCCUGGGUGGCCAGUGUGGUGUAGUGGUUAAGAGCGGUAGACUCGUAAUCUGGUGAACUGGGUUCGAUUCCCCGCUCCUCCUCAUGCAGCUGCUGGGUGACCUUGGGCCAGUCACACUUCUCUGAGGUUUCUCAGCCUCACUCACCUCACAGAGUGUUUGUUGUGGGGGAGGAAGGGAAAGGAGAUUGUUAGCCGCUUUGAGACUCCUUCGGGUAGUGAUAAAGCGGGAUAUAAAAUCCAAACUCUUCUUCUUCCUCUCUUGGCUGGAGGCCAAGAGAGCAUCUUUGGUUAAGCAGAUGUUGCUUCUUCGAUGCAUGUAGCCAAAGGAGAGAGAUGGCUGCCCUGCCCUGUGCUUUUGUCGUUACCUGCACAGGUGAGGCCAUGCCCACCUCUAGUCACAUGCAGAGGAAGUCUGUCCCAGCCCAGAAGGAAACAGGAAGUUUACCUGCUGGCUGGACAAACAUUCCUCCCCAUGUGUAAACAAGUUCAUUCUAGGAAUGUUGUACUUAACUGUUCUUGUGUUUCACAUCCCACACAUAUGGAAAGAGGCGGUCUUUGAGGUAUUGUGACCCUGAGCCGUUUACCUUUGCCUUUACAUUAGCUAGUCCAGCCCCCUUGCAAUGCAAGAAUGCAGGUAUCCACGGUUUAAAUCCGGGCCUUGCUGCCAGGCCACCACCUCUUGUGCAGAAACAUCUUGACAUGUGACAUCAUCUCUCCCCCACAGAUGCUCCAAAGAAGCCAUCCCUGACUUCCUUCCUGGAGACUCAGUCCGGGAGCCAGGCCAUCAUCGAGUGUACAGUUGAGAGUCACCCGCCGUCCGAUGUCACCCUGUACAGGGAGGGCGUGAUCUUGGCUUCCAGCAGGAGGUCUGGGACUCUCCCUACCCAGCGGCUCAUUGUCCACUCAGCCCACAACGCCCUGAAAGUUGAGAUCAAAGAUCUCCGCCUCGAAGACAAUGGGCAGUACCGAUGCUCAGCUAAGAACACCUAUGGGGAGACCACCGCUUCCAUGCGCUUCAAUGUGGAGAGUGAGUGAUUCUCUUCUACCCUCUCCCCUUUCCAUGUGGGGGAAUGACCCUUUUAUGAGUGUCCAGCAAAAGCACGGCUGCCAACAUGCGUGCCACUUUUGGCCCCAGAAUCAUAGAAUCAUAGAAUCAUAGAGUUGGAAGAGACCACAAGGGCCAUCGAGUCCAACCCCCUGCCAAGCAGGAAACACCAUCAGAGCACUCCUGACAUAUGGUUGUCAAGCCUCUGCUUAAAGACCUCCAAAGAAGGAGACUCCACCACACUCCUUGGCAGCAAAUUCCACUGUCGAACAGCUCUUACUGUCAGGAAGUUCUUCCUAAUGUUUAGGUGGAAUCUUCUUUCUUGUAGUUUGGAUCCAUUGCUCCAUGUCUGCUUCUCUGGAGCAGCAGAAAACAACCUUUCUCCCUCCUCUAUGUGACAUCCUUUUAUAUAUUUGAACAUGGCUAUCAUAUCACCCCUUAACCUCCAAGGGGGCAGAACAGGAUAGGGCAGGGGUGGAACAGGCUUACGCACGAUGGCUGAUGCACCAAAUGCCACAAAACAUCAUCAUCAUCAUCAUAAUUUUUUAUUUAUACCCUGCCCUUCCCGGUUCAAAAACCGGGCUCAGGGCAGCUAACAACAAAUUUAAAACACUUUAAAACAAUUAUAAAAGCAGCAUAAAAUACAGUAUAAAAACAUGAAUAACAAUAAAAUUCAAAAAUCAAAAAUCAAUUUAAGGGAAAUAAGCUUUAGAUCAUCCCCAGGGCUAGCUGGCUGAAUUGGUCCUACUUGGGCCAGCGAGGAGGCCAAGGGAGAAUUAGCUGUGGGGUCCCAGAGCGGGUGAUCUUCAUAAAAGCGGAGGGGGUGGGAAGAGAAGGGAAAUAAAAGAUCAGGCUGAAUUCAAAUUAAAGGCCAGGAGGAAUAGCUCUUUCUUACAGGCCCAACUGAAGGAGGUUAAAUCCUGCAGGGCCCUGGUCUCAUGGGACAGAGCAUUCCACCAGGUUGGAGCCAUCACUGAGAAGGCCCUGGCCCUGGUGGAGGAUAGUCUGACUUCCUUAGGGCCCAGGACCUCUAAACUAUGGUUAUUCAUGGACCUGAAGGUCCUCUGCGGGGCAGACCAGGAGAGUCAGUCCCAUAAAUACAAGGGCUCUAAGCCACAAAGGGCUUUUAACCCACAUGCAAAACAGAAUUGCCUGUACAUCCUUACACAUGCAAGCCCCUGUGGCGAUUUAUUUGUUUCAUAAAAUCUUAUAUGUUGCUUGACUAUUAAAACAAAACAAAAGGAGUUUACAAAGAGAAUGAAACAAUGAAAAGAUCAGUAAAGAUAGCUCAUUAAAAGGUUCAGAAGAAAAAAUAAUGAACUGAUAAACGGAUUAAAACUCACAUAAACAUUUUACAUGUCUGAAUAGGUUUGUCUGCACAAAAAUGUUGUUAGCAGGCGCCAGAAAAAGUACGCCUGCCUGAUUUCAAUUGGCUGGGAGUUCCAAAGUGUUAAUGCUUACACAUGAAAAAAAUUGAGUUCUUACAAAUGCAAAACAUGUGGCACCUGCAACAGGACCAGUCCCACUGAUCAAAGUGGGUGUUUAUGGGGAAAGGCAAUCUCUUAGGUAUACUGGUCCUAGGUACUUAAGGGCUUUAACCGGAACGCGGGUGGCGCUGUGGUCUAAACACUGAGCCUCUUGGACUUGCCAUUCAGAAGGUUGGUGGUUCCAAUCCCCACGAUGGGGUGAGCUUCCGUCACUCUGUCCCAGCUCCUGCCAGCCUAGCAGGUCGAAAGCACACCAGUGCAAGUACAUAAAUAGAUACCUUUGCGGUGGAAAGGUAAAUGGCAUUUCCGUGUGCUCUGGUUUCCAUCACAGUGUCCCAUUGCGCCAGAAGUGGUUUAGUCCUUCUGGCCACAUGACCUGGAAAGCUUUCUGUGGACAAACGCCAGCUCCCUCGGCCUGAAAGUAAGAUGAGCGCCGCAACCCCAUAGUCGCCUUUGACUGGACUUAACCGUCCAGGGGCCCUUUACCUUUUUACCUUUUUCUUAAGGGCUUUAGAUACUAAUAGCAACACUUUGAACUUGGCCCAGUAGCAGAUGGGCAGCCAACACAGACCUCUGAGCACAGCUGUUCUGUGAUGACAAAACCCCCCUCCUGUCAGCAAUGGUGCUACAGCCUCCUACACUAAGGUUACAAGAUUUUUUUCAAAGAAUCCGGGAACACUUUUUUUUUGAGAGAGAGAGAGAGAGAGAGAGAGAGAGAAGUUAUUUUUAAAAAGAUUAUUAUUUUUCAAAAAGAAGAAGUAAUAUCUUCUAUUCUGUGGUCUCCUCUGUUGCAUGGCCUUCCUCUGGGCCCCAUCCUGCUCUCUCGGAGCGCUAGCCGCUGUGGAGUAGGCUCAGGUCGGGCCUGGGCUCGGCCACAUGUCUGUGCUCUCUUACCUCUCCUCCUCAGCGGCGGCAGUGGCGUGGCAAGGUCAGGGCUCCCCUCUUUUUUCUCCUUCCUCUUUCUCUCUCUUCCUUCUCCUUCUCUUCCUUCUCCCUGCAUCGGCUCUGGAGUUUUCCUGGCCCCGGAGAGCCACUGGGCAGUUGGCCGGGUGCUCUCACUCCCGGCUCAAUUUGGGUCAAGGGGAGGUCAGCGGUUCCCCCAGUUGACACACCGGGCGUCCCCGGUUCCCCCUUGGCAGUGGUGGUGGCAGAGACAGUCUCAGCAGCCUGGAGCCAGCCUGGUAGCGCAGUUGGCUCUGGCUGGCUUCAGGAGCUGUUCACUGCCGUUGCACCUGCCAUUUUGCCUGGCCGGAAAUCCCCAUAUGAUGUGUCUUGUGCCGUUGAACCCAUCACGCCACAUUCAUUCCCUACUAAUAAAUCUAUAACGCUUAAAAUAUAAAUCCGGGGACAUUAAAUGAAAUCCAGGGACGGAUUUGUGAAUCCAGGGACUGUCCCCGGGAAACGGGGACAUCUGGUAACCAUAUCCUACACCCAUUGCAGCUUCCGGAUAAGGCACGAGCGAAGCCUCGCAUAGAGUGCAUUGCAGUAAUCCAGCCCUGCAGUAACCAAUGCAGGAAGCAGAGGAGGACAAAUUAUUUUGGUUUCUGUCUUGCUCUUUUCCCUACUCAGAUGCCAGGGUCACGAUUGAGCCCUCUCCCGAUGUCCAGGAAGGAGCAAUGGCCAACAUGACCUGUGUGGUUGUCAGCCAGGCGACGGGGGAAAUGAACUAUACGUGGUACAAGAACAGCAAGUGGCUCCAGGGUGGUCCAGAGCGGUCCCUCCUCCUGGUGGGCGUGGCCAGGGACGAUGCUGGCUCGUACCACUGCCAGGCAGAGGGGAGGACAGGAACUGUGACCUCUGCCUUGGUCAUCUUGAACGUGCUUUGUAAGUUUGUGGGUCUUUGUGAGAUCUGUGAAGGCUGCUACAGGGCCAGCUCAGCCCACUGGGCUGUCCCACCUCCGAUUCAUAGAAUUGUACCAUUAGAAGGGCACCCAGGGUCAUCUAGUCAAACCCCCUGCAGUGCAGGAAUCUCAGCUCAAGCAUCCAGGACAGAUGGCCAUCCAACCUCUGCUUAAAAACCUCCAAGGAAGGAGAGGCCACCACCUCCCGAGGGAGCCUGUUUCAGCCCGUCGAGCAGCUCUUACUGUCAGAAGGUUCUUCCUGACAUUUAGUCAGAAUCUCCUUUCUUGUAACUUGAAGCCAUGGGUUCGAGUUCUACCCUUCAGAGCAGGAGAUAACAAGCUUGCUCCAUCUUCCAUGUGACAGAGGUUGAAAACCUCUGCCCUAGGGGGUUCCCCCAGCUGCAGCCUCCUAGCACUCCUCUGCAUCCAGCUGGUCCUUGACACCUCCAGAUUAGAUGGACUAUCUUUUUUUCCUAUGUUCUUACCCAUUCAGAUGCACCCAGCACCCCUGCCAUCAGCGCCUACCUGGACAACCAAAACGGGAAGGUGGGCAUCAUCGACUGCAAGGUGGACAGCCACCCCCGCUCCCUGCUGGCCUUGUACAAAGGAGAUCGGCUCCUGGCUGACACCAACCACUCCCAUGCCAUAGCCGGUCUGCGCUUCGCCAUGUUCCCCUCCUACAACAGCCUGAGAGUGGAGAUCCAAGACGUCACGCCAGAGGAUUCGGGGCAUUAUGUCUGCCAGGCCAGCAACCCGUUAGGAAAGACCGCCAGCGCCGUUGGCUUCAGCGCAGAGAGUGAGCAGAACUCGUGCAGGGGGGGGGCGGGGGACAGAAAUGGAGAAAGAAGUAGGGCUUUCAGAGGAGUGGGGAGUCCAUGUGUUUUCUAAAAACCAGUACACUAUGGGAUGGCCACCACCAUCCCAUGGGCUAAAUCUGACCCGCAAGGCUGUUUCCCCCCCAAACCACACCCACCUGCCCCACACCAGGCUGCCAGGAGCUCAGCCUACACUCGAGUAGGAUCCUGGCAGAGACACUUGCCCGACUGGCAUGUUCUCUCCCUCCUGGUCGAUCGUUUGGGAGCUUCAAAAGCUUUCUUCAGCCCGAUAAUCACAGCGGCCGAUGCCAACAGACAUCGGCACACUUAGGGAUCCGCAGAUUUUGCGCAUUUCGCAUGACAGACCUCAGCAUUUUGGCUAAUCUACUUUUAUUUACAUAUAAACACACACAGAGCACUGCAACUUGGCUCCCUCUCUCUCCAGCAUCAGACAGCAAAGAGAAAAAGAACAAAGGACAAUAGUCCCACUUCACGGAACACAGUAACACAAACAUCCUGUCUCCGUCACUUCCCACUCUGUGGAGUCAAAACAUAUACUGUCAUGUGAUAGACAACAAUCCCAUGACUGCAAUCACAGAGCAGGAAUUCUAACACAGACAUCGUAAGUGACGUCAGAUGCGCAGCACAUAAAGAUGAGGUUGGAUCAGCUGUGUGACUGAGUUUCUCAAAUGCACAGUUGAGUCUUCCAGACAGGAGACAUGAAGUCACUGCCCAUCAGCUGACAAACUGGGGGGGACUCAAUUCUGCAGCUUAUUCCUGCAGAAAGCAGGGCUGAAGUCACUACCCACCCAUCAGCUGGACCUCUGUUCAUAAUCCCCAAUCCAAGAGGUCCUGUAUGAUAGAAUCAUAGAGAUGGAAGGGACCCCAAGAGCCAUCUAGUCCAACCCCUUGCCUUGGACCUCAGCUAAAGAUGGCCAUCCAACCUCUGCUUAAAAACCUCCAGUGGAGGAGAGCCCACAACCUCCUGAGGGAAUCUGUUCCACUGUAAAGUGGCUUGCAGUGGACUUCCUCAAUCAAUACACCACUGUGAUGCUAGAGACAGUUUUACUUGGUCAGAACAACAGCGGCCGGUGGAGAACCCGCAAAAGUGGAGUCUGCAGUCCUGUAAAUCACACAGGUUUAUAUAGAGGCAUUCCCACUUUACACAUGGCUAGAAAUUAACCAACAUUCUCAGAGGAAAAGCAUGCCUGCGUUAGGGAAGCUUUUAAUGUUUGAUGCAUUACUGUAUUUUAAUAUUUUGUUGGAAGCUACCCAGAGUGGCUGGGGAAGCCCAGCCAGAUGGGCAGGGUAUAAAUAAUAAAUUAUUAUUAUUAUUAUUAUUAUCAUCAUCAUCAUCAUCAGAGCUGGAUGCCUGAUUCAGUUAGAAGGACAGGGCACCUCCUUUCAAUUGUUUUAUGUUGCAAACCGCCCUGUGACCUUGGGUUGAAAGGCGAUAUAUAAAUUUAAUAAACAAUAAUAUCAGGCUAGCUCAAGACUGGGCUUUUUCCUGCACAAGCCUUCUUGACGCACUCCUAAUAUGGUUUGAGGAAGCAGGUUCUCCAAACAAUAUCCUUUUCUGCCCUUCCUUUCACUGCUCUUACAUCUUAGGCUAGAAAUAUGUUUAUUGAUAAGCCUCCCACCAUGGGUGGUUCUCAGUGUCCUCUUCUGAGCUAUUUUCUCACACACACUCCAAUCUCUGUUUGCCUGCAGCACUCUCAGACCUCCACUUGUUCAAGAUCCUGGCUGGGGUAUUCUUUGCCUUGACUUGUGCAGCUCUGCUUUGUGGCUUGGCUCUUGGGAUGCAAACAUAUUGGACCCGGUAAGGCUGGCUGGUGUUCGCUUCCAUCGAUCAUUAACCCAACGGAUUCGGGAAGAGGAAGCCUGUCUUCUGGUUGGUCUCUGAGAUAACAGGAUGCUGGACUUGACUGACCACUGGCCUGACCUAGCAGGGCUAUUUAUUCCUAUGUUCUUAUUAUUUCUAGGAACUUUUUUGGGGGGAGGAGCCCAUAGGAUUUGCUGCCACAAGUUGUAGUGAUGGCCACCAACUUAGUGCCCUCCAACAUUUCUCCAAUGAGAAUAGGGACGUCCUUUUCUAUAAUUUAGGACACAGGUGGUGCUGAGGUCUAAACCACAGAGCCUAGGAGUGGGGUGAGCUCCCGUUGCUCGGUCCCAGCUCCUGCCAACCUAGCAGUUUGAAAGCACGUCAAAGUGCAAGUAGAUAAAUAGGUACUGCUCCAGUGGGAAGGUAAAUGGCGUUUCCAUGCGCUGCUCUGGUUCGCCAGAAGCAGCUUAGUCAUGCUGGCCACAUGACCCGGAAGCUGUCUGCGGACAAAUGCCAUCUCCCUCGGCCAGUAAAGCGAGAUGAGCACUGCAACCCCAGAGUCAUUCGCAACUGGACCUAAUGGUCAGGGGUCCCUUUACCUUUACCUAUUCCAUAAUAAUAAAAUUUAUUACUUAUACCCCUGCCCAACCAACUAGGUUGCCCCAACCAUUCUGGGUAACUUCCAACAUACAUAAAAACAUAAUAAAACAUUAAACCACUUCCCUAUACAGGGCUGCCUUCAGACGUCUUCUAAAGGUUGUAUAGUUAUUUAUCUCCUUGGCUUGGAGGGUCGCAUAACUCCAUACCCUCCAACAUUUCUCUGUUGAAAAUAGGGACGUGCUAAGGUGCUAAGGAAAAGCGGGGCAUCCCGGGAUCAAAUCAGAAACUGGGAUGGCUUUGUAAAUCUGGGAGUGUCCCUGGAAAAUAGGGACACUUGGAGGGUCUGCAACUUUUACAAGGAUUAGAAGAUAAAGCUAACAAUCACUGCUAGUCACCAUGAUGGCCUGCUGCCUUCUGAAUUUGCUACCACUGGCUGGGGAACGAGAGUGAAAGAGGGCUGUUGACGUCAUAUUGCUUCCCAUUUGGGAAGGUUUCUGGUUGACUGACGUUGAGUAGAUAAAUACUACGCCAGCUGGCUGGGGCUGAUAGGAGUUGCACUCCCAAAAUAUCUGGAGGGCAUCAGGUUGGCCAAAGCUGUAAUUAGAAUCAUAGAAUUGUACAGUUGGAAGGGACCACAAGGGUCAUCUAGUCCAACCCCCUGCAAUGCAAGAAUCUUUUGCCCGCAUGGGGCUCGAAGCCACAACCCUGAGAUUAAGAGUCCCGUGCUCUGCCAAAUGAGCUAUCCCAGAUCCCUUAUGUUUCCACUUGCAUUAAACCAACAUAAGUAGCGAUAGCCACCCAGCUGGAUGGCUUCUAAAGAGAGAAACUCGCAGAGGAGAAGUCUGUUGGCAGCCACGUUCUCCCUCCUCUGUCCGAGGCAGGAAUGCUUCUUGCUGCCAGCUGCCAGGAGAAAUCGAAAGUGGGGAGAGUUGCCACUGUUGCCGUCAGCUCCUGCUUGUGGGAUUCCUCCUGUGGGCAUCUGGCUGGCCUCAGAAUGCUGGACAUAGGGUUGAUCCAGCAACCAGGCUCUUCUCAGAUUCCCAAGUUUGCAGCGCAGCCACACCCAAAGAGACAGCUCCUCCAACCUCUUGUGUUAUAUUUUCCAGGAUCAAUGAAGAGUGCAAAAGGCGGAAGCAGCAGAAAAACAAGAAGGCGGAAGCAGCAGCAGGGGCAGAAGACAGAGACGAGACUGUCCAGGUUCAUAGAAUCAUUGGAUUGUUGGGGGAAUGUUCAGGGAUGCAGGAGAGGAGAUAUUGUCUGAUUAUAUCCUUAUCCACCUUGUGUUAACAAGUUCCACAAUUUCAGCAGAGUAACAUUCCCCUUAUUUUAAACUUUGCAGCAGCUGUGUUUGCUCAGGCUCGCUAAAGCCUCUAUAAUAACUGUUCUGGUAUUUUCCCCUUAUUCCCUCAUAAAAGAUAAGACACAACACAGUCUUCUAUAAAAGCAUAAAAAGAGUUUACUCACUCACAUUCUGUUCACAAUCGGAUCCCAGAAGGCAGACUUAGCUUAGAAAAGUAACAUACACCUGGAAACUAUCUCAUAAGGAGACAGUCCCUUUGUCCUCUCUUGGCUGGAGGCCAAGAGAGCAUCUUUGGCUAAGCAGAUGUUGCUUCUUCGAUGCAUGUAGUCAAAAGGAGGGAGAUGGCUGCCCUGCCCUGUGGUUUUGGCGUUACCUGCACAGGUGAGGCCACGCCCACCUCUAGUCACAUGCAGAGGAAGUCUGUACCAGCCCAGAAGGAAACAGGAAGUUUACCUGCUGGCUGGACAAACAUUCCUCCCCAUGUGUAAACAUGUUCACUCUAGGAAUGUUGUACCAGACUGCUCUUGUGCUUCACAUCCCACAACUGUAGAGAUAGUAGGGGUCCCCAAGGGUGAUUUUGUCCAACCCCCUGCAAUGCAGGAACCACAGCUAAAGAAUCCCUGGCGGGUGACCAUUAAGCCUCUGUUCCAAAAGCUCCAGUGAAGGAGAGUCCACCACCUUACAAGGGAGUCCAUUUCACAGUCAAGCAGUUCUUACUGUCAGUAAAUUCUCCCUCAUGUUUAGUAGGAAUCUUCUUUCUUGUCAUUUGAAUCCAUCCGUUCUGGUCCUGCCCUCUGGAGCAGCAGAAAACAAGCUUGCUCCCUCUUCCAUGUGACAGCCCUUCAGAUACUUGGAGAUGGCAUAAUAAUAAUAAUAAUAAUAAUAAUAAUAAUAAUAAUUUAUUAUACCCCGCCCAUCUGGCUGGGCUUCCCCAGCCACUCUGGGCAGCUUCCAACAAAAUAUUAAAACUCCGUAAUACAUCAAACAUGAAAAGCUUCCCUAAGCUGGGCUGCCUUCAGAUGUCUUCUAAAAGUCAGAUAGUUGUUUAUCUCCUUGACAUCUGAUGGGAAGGUGUUCCACAGGGCGAGUGCCACCACCGAGAAGGCCCUCUGCCUGGUUCCCUGUAACUUGGCUUCUUGCAGCAAGGGAACCAUCAGAAGGCCCUCAGCGCUGGACCUCCGUGUCCAGGCUGAACGAUGGGGGUGGAGACGCUCCUUCAGGUAUACUGGACCAAGGCCAUUUAGGGCUUUAAAGGUCAGCACCAACACUUUGAAUUGUGCUCGUACUGGGAGCCAAUGUAGGUCUCUCAAGACGGGUGUUAUGUGGUCUUGGCUGCCGCAUUCUGGAUUAGUUGUAGUUUCUGGGUCACCUUCAAAGGUAUACGCAUUGCAGUAGCCCAAGCGGGAGAUAACCAGAGCACGCACCACUCUGGCAAGGCAGUCCGCAAGCGGAUAUCACCUCUCAGUCUUCUCUUCUCAGUCCAAACCUACCCAACUCCCUCAACUGUUCCUCAUAUUUCCAAAGCCCUUUAUCAUCUUGGCCACCCUCCUCUGCACACCUUCCAGAGAGUUUCAACUCUCUUUAAAGCUAUUGUCUUGCCUCCAUCCAAGCCCCUAGCACUAGCAUUGGAUAGGGACACAAACUCGGAACAGGCGAUUACUUCUGCCUUAGAAUGGGAUCAGUUGCUCUGCAAUGUCAGGGCUGCACGUGGCGCAAGUUUCCUUGAAGUCAUGUGGAGGUGAGUCACUGGUGGGAACGACUGAUUGAUCGUGGGCAAGUGUAAGUAAUGUGGUGGGUGGUGCAAGCCGAGAUUGUUGAGGGAAGACUCUGCUCUGGUCUUCAGGAAUCCCUGUGGGGCAGAAGGCGUUUCCUAAUGCACGUCACCUUCAGUUCCUCACUUAGGCUACUGGGUCACAUUGGGAGCUGGGAAUCAACCUCAGGAGCCUUUUUGGAUUGCUGAGGUUCCAUAUAUCUGACUUGGUCACUUGGCUCUUUCCACAGCUGAGUGAGGAGAACCCAGGAACGCCUCCGGCCGGACGGUUCUGCCUCUCCUACAGGAAGCUGCGAGCAAAGACCGAAAUUCCACCACAGGAAGAACCCUCUGAACAGAGCUGUACAAGCGCCUUGUGAGCAGUGGGAAGAGAUCUGGUGGGAGUCACAGCAACCAGACGACCAUGCCAGUUGUGGAGGACGAGGCGGAAAGGGUGGUCAUCUAAAGGCUGUUGCUCUGGACGCUGAGUUGGAAUCAUAGAAUUGUAGAGUUGGAAGGGACUCUGAGGGUCAUCUAGUCCAGCCCCCUGCACUGAAGGAAUCACAGCUAAAGAGGGACCCACAGCCUCAUCAUUUCAGGCACCCCAUUUUUCACCAAACCACCAUGAACCUUUUCACUCAUUUAAAAUUUCAGAAUUGGUCUUGGAUUUUGAACUUCAUCAGA